CAGACGUGUCUACGAGGCUUCCAAAUAGCGAAGCUCUACGUUAACGUUGGAGAGUACGCCGCUGCCCAGAGGUAAGGUGGUUUUUCACGAUUUAAGAACUAACAAUACGUGUGGCAUUGAAAUUGGGUAGGGGAGGAACCACUGAAAGGUUUGCUGUUUUUCAGUGCCUGAAAAUUGCCCGACGAAGUAUUUAUGACAUUGCACGUGGUGCACAACCACGAUUAUGGAUUUCUGAUAUUGCAUCUUAGCCUACCGGGUAUGUCUUUGUCCUCUCCAAUGGCUUUUUUUUUUUUAUAUCGCAAAGUAGAGGAUCGGCCACGAAAAAAAAAAAAUUAGUAGAUUAGUGAGACAAAAAAAAAAGAAGAUUAGUGAGACAAAAAAAAAAAAAAAAUAGAGAAAAAAAAAAAAAAAUAGGAGAAUAGAGAGAAAAAAAAAAAAAGGAGAUUAGUGAAACAAAAAAAAAAGUAGAUUAGUGAGACAAAAAAAAAAAGUCGUGUAAAUAAAACAAAUACAUGUUAAUUAAGCUGUAUUUAUGAUUACAGACCUGUUUAUCUCGACGCUUUCGCCGCAGUAGCUACGUUUUUAAGCCUAAGACUAUGGCACCACGACGAGCCUAAAAAAAAAACCGUUACGGUUUCAGGAUUUUUUUCUCUCCCUAGGUUUGGUUUAAUUUAAAAAAAAAAAAAAAAUAAAAAACCUAAAAAAAAAACCGUUACGGUUUCAGGAUUUUUUUCUCUCCCUAGGUUUGGUUUAAUUUAAAAAAAAAAAAAAAAUGAAAAUAAUUGGGGCGUUUUCAGUAAAAUUUUACCGCAUUUUUUUGUGUUAACACCGUAAGCAAUCGAUUAAAAAUAACUGUGAUUGGCCUUUGCGCUUUCGAUCUCAAUAAACCAUCUAAGACUAUUUGCUUUUAGAGCAGGCCUGCUCAACUCAAAAUGUAAGGCAGGCCGUAAUACUUCAUGAAGAGCUUGUGCGGGCCCUAAAGAAAAUAGGACAGGGGGGGGGGGGGAAGCUAUUAAAAAAAUAAUAAUUAAAACUAUUUCGUUAUUUUGCGGGCCAAAAAUUGGGUGCGGGCGGGCCACGUGCGGCCCGCGGGACGUAUGUUGUGCAGGCCUGUUUUUAGAAGGUUUUCGUUGUGAAUACUUCACUGACAAUGUGCUUGCCUAAGACCUUUUCUCAUCCUUAAGAAACAAAUCGCGGGACUAGAUCCUGUAUAUUUAUUUGUGUUAACUUACACAAGCAGUUGAGUGGAUGUCCUGAUAUAACUUGUAUUUUGAUUGCAAACCAGCUCACCCCCCCACCCCGAUAAGUGACCAAACUAAUCUUUUGAGCUUGAAACUGCGUUUUUGAGAGCUGAAAACUACGUUGACACUACCCCAGGGGUAGACAUGUCUGUGAUGAGAUACAAUACAAAUUCAAAAUGAUUUUAACCAGCACAUCAAGAAAUAAAUAAAUAUACAAAUAAAAAUGCAAUGUACUUACUAAAAAAAAUAUGUAUAUCCUCCCUAUACUUGAAAUGAUGAAAGAAAAGAAACUAAUAGGAAUGGGGCUCAUUCGGAGGCGUAGCGAGGGGUGGGCAGGGGGGACAGAUGUCCCCCGGGCGCAAGCUAGUUAGGGGCGCCAAAAUGUGCUUUGAUAUUAUUUUAUUGAUGAAAAUAAUGGGCUUCAGAGUUGAAAAAAAAAGAAAAAGGGGGCGCUUUAAGAUGGAUCUUGUCCCCGGGCGCGAAUCUUGUCCCCCCCCCGGGCGCCAAACACCCUCGCUACGCCGCUGGGCUCAUGUUCCUAACGAAAAGAAAGAUCAGAAGGAAGGGAAGAAAGUGGAAUGACACAAUGAAGAAAAUAGCGGAUUGUCAGUUUUCAUUUGCACACAAUUUACAGGACAUGCUGGGACGACUUUCUUUUUUUAAAGUCAUAUCUACUAAUGCAGGCUCAUCACAAAAUAUUUCCGCUCGAUUGCAUGACUAACAUAAUCUUAUCUAGAUCUGAUCUUAUCAUUACAGUAUCUUUUUUUCACGUCCACGCGUGCACAUUCGAUCGAUCUCAUGAGGUAAGCGUGAACAGCUUGUGGGGGGGGGGGUGCGCAAACUUAAUUUGAACGUGCCCCGGAAUGGGCGGGAUUUGAAAAAAGCCCCAAGUUAUUUUGUCUGAGACAUCUGUGCACGGGCUGAAGACGGGGCGAGCAAUUGACUGUCAAGCGCCCCCUUAAGUUAUUUUGUUGAUUAUAUUGAUUAUAAUAAUUAUAUUCAAUGAACUAAAUGUUGGUAGCUCGAAACGUUUCUCAUAAAAAAAAAAAAAAAGACUUCACACAGCAUUCUGUUGAUGCAGUGUCGUUUUGAGGCAUGGGCCCCACUGACCCCCCCAGGGCCCUCCGCUGCUGUAAAGACACCCCUGUGUUUAUGCUCGUGAGGGGAUCUUAUAAUUUACGAACUAUUUACGAGGUAGAAACGAAAUAUAAAAAAUCCCUUUUUGAGUGGGUUCGAAUGCCCCCCCCCCCUUUCCGAUGAGAAAAGGUGGGGGUGGUUGGAUAUUAGGGUGUGUGGUAAUACACCAUACCCACAAUGGGAACUUUGAUUGCUAGUGUUGCAAAAAAAAGGAAAACUACCAACCAGCCAGGUGCAGCCUCGUUGAGGUGGGCCGCUUUCCCUAGUCCAAUGGUCGACAAACUCAUUAGUCAAAAGAGCCAAAAAUCAGCAGCAGGGCGAUUAAUUUAUUUUUGAGAGCCAAAUUUCUUGUCAAGAACCAAGGUUUUCGGCGUCACAACCGAUUUGUGGCUGACUGGCCGAGCCGCACUCAGGUCGCAAAAGACAUGCAUGCCGACCAACGGUCUGGUCAAUCGAGUGGAGAUGCAGGGCGGGGUGAGUUUCUAGUCCAGAAGGUGGUGCUGUCAACGUGCUGCUUCGCCGCCCGAUAGUAAGGGAUAUCCGGGCGUGAGGGGGAUCCUCUGGGAAGGGCGUUAAGUUUAAGAGCUUUAGCUUUAACGGCCCACUAAAUCUUAAUCGUAAUGUACAUACACAUGUAACAAAUAUUGAGACUAAGCCCCAUGUAUCCACAACAAUGGGGUGAGGACUAUUAAUCCAUUCUCUGGGAGGGGCCGAGAUUAAUCGCAAUGUAUGAGGCCGCCUAGUACAUCUUUUCUUCUGUACGAUACUUCAGUAUCAUACUUCUGUGCCAUACUUCUGUGCCAUACUUCUGUGUUAUACUUCUGUGUUCUACUUCUGUGUCAUACUUCUGUGUCAUACUUCAGUAUCAUACUUCAGUGCCAUACUUCUGUGAUCUACUUCUGUGCCAUGCUUCAGUGUCAUAAUUCUGUGUUCUACUUCUGUGCCCGACAUCUGUGUUCUACAGCUGUGCUCUACUUCUGUGUUUUACUUAUGUGUUAUUUCUCUGUGUUCUAUGUCUGUGACAUGCUUAUGUUCUCUACUUCAGGUUUCUACUUCUGAAAAGCUCAAUGAACCAUAAAUCGCUGUUUUGCUGCAAUCUUUUUAUAAGAAAAAUAAUUCUCGAUUAAAGAAGACUACAAAUUUGUGAAUACAUACAUNCUUUAAAGAUUCUCCAAGUUAACUAAUCCACGCUCGUUAUUAUAAAGUCACUGAGACACACCCUUGGCAGCGUGGGGAAAUGCAUUUCUUCGACAGACAUACCCGGGACUUUUGGCCCCCCCCCCUCUUUUUUUUCGUUUACUGAGUUCUAGCACCCAAAAAACAAGCUCGGGGGCCGACACGCACCACUACAAAGAGGGGGGGGGCCCUUUAAAAACAGCGUUUCCCAAACUUUUAGGUUUCACGGACCGGUGGACAAGUUUCGAAACUGCACCAGGGACCGGUGCCAGAGUUAUUAAUUAUAUAUUCUUUCUAUUUUAAACGUCAAUAGUCAUGCUCUCUGGACCGGUAACGUAAGGCUUGCGGACCGGUGCCGGUCCACGGACCGCCGUUUGGGGAACGCUGCUUUAAAACACACAUACAUCUUUUAAUAGUUAAAGAACAAAACCCAUAAGUGCCACUGUUGUUAGCGUACGCUAACUGUGGUAAAACUGGGGAGGUUUGUUGGGAGGGGGGGGUGGGGGGUGGGGCUGUGACAACUUGGUUGGUUACAUCUCGACCAGAGAAAAGGUUGAUGCUAUUCUUUAGAAUGCUAACACUCGUGACUUUGUUAUUUUGUAACUUCCUUAAUUAAGACAACGGUAGAGAAACUGAAAGUAGAUUUCCUGGAACUUGUAGUUUUGUUUCAUAUUAUAUUUUUUGAGUUUUUAAAAAAAAAAAAAAAAAAAAGAAAGUGGGAUGGCAGUGGGGUCACAAAACAUAACAACUGCAGCAAUAACUUCGUAAACACAACCGUCUAGGGUCUAGGACAUGUUAAUUUCCUUGAACUUGUAGUUUUGUUUCAUAUUUUAUUUUUUGAGUUUUUAAAAAAAAAAAAAAAAAAAAGAAAGUGGGAUGGCAGUGGGGUCACAAAACAUAACAACUGCAGCAAUAACUUCGUAAACACAACCGUCUAGGGUCUAGGACAUGUUGUUGCCCAUGUUCACGUAUUACCGGAUCCUGGACGCCCCCUCCCCCCCCCAGGAUGUUUUCAGCAGUGUCGUGGGGGUUCAGUAUGUCAGUCACAGCGGCUUAGGGCGUAAAAAAGGGUGGGGGGGGGGUAGCCAACCUGGGAUAUACACCUGAAUAAUAGGUAAUGCCAUUUAAAAAAUAAACUAGAAAACGCAGAUGUCUGAGAGUUUCACGAAUCUUAAUUUAUUAUUACGUCACGUAAAGUUGUGUUAUGUUUAGUUGUUGUUGUUUUUUUUCUCUCAAAUAUUAGUUAGUACUUCAGGAAUUUCAUUCUGUGUAUGUGGGGGGGGAGGGGGCGGUCAUCCCCUGAUAUAGCUUGACCUACAUUGCGGCCGCUCAAAAGCCUGAUGGUACCCAACCUUCAAGAUAACUUUUAACAUAUAAUUAAUAAUUGUGUAGGUCAAGCUGACAUAUAUCACGUAACCCCAAUAUUUACAUUAAGGUCAACAAUCUCUAUUUAUUUUUUUAUUUUUUUAUUUUUCAUUUUGAGCCGUAGGUUUGUCAUUUCAUGCAUAUUUUCUAUAUUAUGAACACAAACCAAAGAGUGACAUGACGUAUAUUCUAGCCACACAUUCACACCGGGGCGUGUUAAAGAUUAUAGCAAGCAUUCGCACAAAUCGAUGGAAGGGGGUGGGGGUGGAAAAGGUGCUCCGCCCCGAAUGACACUCUCUAGAGGGCAUGCCUGUACCAUGCUUUGCCCAAUGUUUGCUGUGCAUUCAGCACGUUGCGUGGGUCUCAUGGGUCAGGGGCGGACAGCUCAAAGAAAAUUUUGGGCCUCGCCAACACUAACAGCCCCGCGGACUGAAAAAAAAAAAAGAGGUUAUUAUCCAGUUCGUACACAGAUAUCCAGUCCCAAUUAACCGUUUCGUUACCGAUUGACGUCGGAGCGACGUCACGACCACCCACUUUCAGUUACCAAGGGCGUCACACUGUCGUCAUAACAAAGAGGCAAGGGACUUUUCUGAAAUACCACGGAUGUCACAUUGACGUCAAAUUUCAAUGCUAUAUGUUUCUUUAUUCGUUAAUAUAAUAGAGAAUUUAAUAAACGAAUCAGAUAGAAUAGUGGUUCUCAACCUUUCUAGUGCCGUGACCCCUUAAUACAGUUUCUCGUGUCAUGGCGACCCCCCAGCCACACAAUUAUUUUCGUUGCUACUUCAUAGAUGUAAUAUGUUUUCAGAUGGUCUUGGGCGACCCCUGGAAAAGGGUCCCACGACCCACAAAGGGGUCGCGACCCACAGGUUGAGAACCGCUGAGAUAGAGAAUGAAAAUACCGAAUGCUUCUUCUUCUUUUUUUCUGUGUCAGCAAAAAUCGAUGCCACAACCAGCAGUAUUGAAAAGGUUAAAAAAAAUGUCCUCUAUGCUAUAUAGCCCAUUAUUUAAACGGUAAAACAUAUUCUUGUUGUGUAUCGUCUGCUCAAGUAGGCAUUCAGCCGAAACGUCUGUUUAAAUGUCCUUUUUUUUCAAGCCUAAAGAUAUUAGUUUGUUCCACUAUUUAUUGAAUAGAGUUUAAAAGAAUAAUCAUGAUAUAAGCAUAUCGUAUGUCAUGACCUUUGGGUUGAUCAAAUAUUUGACUUCGUGACACGUACAUCAAUCUUGAGGCUCUCAGUAAUUGAGGCUCUCUUCUGGGUAAUUCUAUUUUCCGUUUUAACAUGUCAUAUUAUAUAAGACAGAAAUAAAACAUAGGUUCUGAAAUUUAAUAUAUAUAUUACUUUCUUCCGAUCCUCUAUAGCUUCACCAUACAACAGAUACCUUACUUAUCCCAUACCUUUCACCAUAUACCUUGCAUAUUCUAUUACAUUACAACAGAUACCCUAAGUAUCCCUUGGACUCACGAUCUAAGUUAUCCCAAAACACUUACAACAGAUAAUUAACGUGUCCCCUUACCUUACAACACACACCGAAAGUUUCACUUUAACUUAUCACAGAUAUCUAACUGAUCCCUUUAUCAAAUAACAUCAAGCAACACACGUCAACCCUAACCCUAACCCUAACCCAUUACCUUACAACACACACCGAAAGUUUCACUUUAACUUAAAACAGAAUAUCUAACUGAUCUCUUUACCAAAUAACAUCAAGCAACACACGUUAACCCUAACCAUUUAUCAAAUAAUAGACACCUAACUUAUCCGGUUACCUUACAACAGAUAACUAACGUAUCCCCCUUACCUUACAACAGGUAUCUAGCUGGUUACUUGAUUGAAAGAAACAAUGAACCCCUUGCACAUGAACUUAUGGGAGAGAUCCACGAGGCUCUUGGACAGCCAGCAGAAGCUCUGGACAGUUUUAAAAGGUCAGAUUGUAUUCAAGCUCUUGCAUUUAAUGCGACUUCAAGACGUUUGUUUGAGAUGAUUGGAUUCCUUUGUUUCUAGCUUUCUCUAGGUUCCCGACAUCAUAGAGAGAGAGCUAACAUUUCUCGUAUCGUGCAGCUUUGUCUAACCCAGUGGUCGGCAAACUCGCUAGUCAAAGGAGCCUAGAAUCAGUAGCAGGACAAUUGAAGUUUGUUUGAGGGCCAACUUUCUUGUCGAGAACCUGUCAAGAACCAUGUUUUUCAGAGUCAAAGCAGAUUUAUGGCUGACUGGCCGAGGCAUACUCUCAGUCUUACGGCUGAAAACUUUCUACCAAUUCUAUAUUUAAGUUACAAAAAAAAAAUCACCAGAAAAUCUUUCUUUAUUUAUUUUAACUACUUUAUUAAUGAAAUGUCCCCCCCCCCCCAUUUUUUUAUGAAAUGGCCCCCCCCCCCCCCCAACUAAUAUUUAAUAUUGUAAAGAUAAAAGAAGUUGUAAACCAAAAAGUCGGAUCUCACCUUUUAUCUCCCUUUUUUUUUCAUUUAUUUCAGUCGCACUGACCCGAAGUUCUAGAAAAAAAUGUUUUAAUCACUAACCCUCCAUUAAAUUUUUGUAACUUGUAAAAAUAUGCCAUGUUCGUCACUGAAUACAGCAUAUAAACUAACCUACAUUCUUCUUCAAGUCUUAAAAAUGUUCUAUUAUAUUCUUCAUGGGGUUAUCAGUUCACAAAUACAAUGGCCUUUUUUUAAAAAAUAACACAAUUUUUGUAUGUUUCAGGGCUUAUGAAAAUGGUGGCCCUCGGUUCUGGAAACUCGUUAAAAAAAGUAAGAAUUGAUUCUAAUUCUCACCCGGGAACAGUCUUUAAGUUGAGACACCUACGUUAAUUUAGUGUUUGAUUCAGGGUUCUGAUAAAGGGACAAUCAGAUUUAGUGACUUCGGCAAGCCGUUGUCAGAAUGGCCAGGGUCAUGAAAGCGAAAGCUCGACCCCCACAGGAGAAUGUAGAGUAUUUAGUGACUUGAGCGGCUCGACUGACGCUCUCUUGUAGACUUGUUUGUCUGACUCUGUAGCAGAAAGCUCAUUUGAUAAUUUGGUCAUCAGUUUGCUCAGUAUUAUCUGAUGCCAAUCAUGAUGAUGGUGUGGGGGUCGUCUCCAUGAAAAUAUAGGUGGAUCAUAUGACAAAACACCACAAAAACAAUAACCAAACACCUUUGUUGCAAUACCAAAUAAACCCAUGCUAGCUAACACCUCUGUCUUCAGCACUACGCUCUGCAUCGCCCAGUGUUAGCGUUGUGCUGAAGACAGAGAGGAAUGGAGGAGAUGGUGCACAUGUCAUCUGUGGCGCCCCAACGGUCCAAGAAAUAAGGGACAUGAGGAUGAUGAGCUAACACCUUUGUUGCAAUACUAAAUAAAACCCAUGCUAGCAAACACCUUUGUUGCAAUACCAAAUAAAACCCAUGCUAGCAAACACAAAAACUAAACAAAAAUAAUGCACUCGUGUUCAUAGAAAUUAAAAUGUAUUUUAGUAUUUACUUCAAAGACAAAAUUUUAAAAUAACUGAUAAAGUGAUUUUUUUUAGAUUUCCCAUUCAAUAAAUUAUUAACAGUCGUUGUUCUAUUAUUUUCUCUGUGUAGUCGGUGACCUGCAAUGUGACGUUGGAGCAGAUGUUCAAACACUAAAGGUAAAUGCUAAUUUAAUUAAAACACUGAUUGUUUAUUAAAAUUAAUUUAUAUAUAUAUAUAUAUAUAUAUAUAUAUAUAUAAACUUGAAAUAAAUAGCUGUAGGCCCACAUGGAAUACUGUAAGCCACUAUAAAAAAACAACACAGGAACAUAACCAUCAAUUAUUCCAUUAAUGUAGCAUACUGUUUUCUUAUACAAACUACACAACUGUGAUUUUCUUUUUCAUUCUGUCACUGUUUAAUUUCGCAAACUACCAAAACUUCGAUUGAAAUUCACCAUUGUCAGCCAUUUCAAAAACAAACUCAUGAAACAAUAAUUGUGUGAUAUUUUGUUUAGUUCUGGCUAGAGCAAUGUGAGCGAUUCUUCCCCCAAAGUAGUGCAGCAGUUAAACUCAAGGUAAAUUUUUUUUUUCUAAGGCUGGAAUUGCAGCUUUUGUAGCAGUGAUCAACAAAGAUUUUGCUACUGAAAGGAAAACACAGGGUUUCAACUCGCUGAUCCUUCAAUAUAUUAAGGGCCCACGAUCAAUAUAUUAAUCAUUCUAGAUAUUUAGAAUCUGCACAGAACGUCUAUAUUUUAAGUUAUGCAUGAAUUAUAUAGUAUUAGUAUAUAUAUAUAUAUAUAUAUAUAUAUAUAUAUAUAUAUAUAAAUAUAUAUACAUAUAUUAUAAACUGGAAAUGAUAUCUGUUUCUGUACUGAUCUGAGCAGUCUCAUUUUUAUGUUUGGUUGCGACCACGUUCUUGAUCAGUAGAGACUGUGCGUAGAUUCCAGCAAGGUCGGCUUGUUGCAACAACACAGCUUUCAGGAAACAGUAACAAAAACUCGUAUGUUCCUAUAAGCUCACAAUGCAAGCCUCAAAGAGACGUAUGAUUCAAUGAAGCUAGUUUUAAAUGUGAUAAACUGCUAAAAGCAGACCCUGGAACAUCUGUGCUGACCUGAAAGUAGUACAACACUACAGGUCUGUGCACACCUAAAUAAAAGAAGCUAUUAGUGGCGUGUGGAAGAGUCAGGAUGAUAGCCACCAUUUAGGCCAACAAUUGGUGCAAGGUGAAACAGUGGUUUUCCUAGUUCUGAGCCCAUUGUUGGUCAGCACAACGCACAACACCAAUCAUUGGUUGAUCCACUGCAAGGUUAACAAUUCACACAGGGCCUCGCAAGAUUUUUUUUUUUUUUUUUAAACGUAGUUCACAUGUUUUUAUUAACAAGUUUCCAAAAUGUGAAAGUUAAAUGCGGAAUAAUCAAAACUGAUUCUUAUCCGAAAGCGGGAAUGUUUACAACGCACAACACCAAUCAUUGGUUGAUCCACUGCAAGGUUAACAAUUCACACAGGGCCUCGCAAGAUUUUUUUUUUUUUUUUAAACGUAGUUCACAUGUUUUUAUUAACAAGAUUCCAAAAUGUGAAAGUGAAAUUCGGAAUAAUCAAAACUGAUUCUUAGCCGAAAGCUGGAAUGUUUUAAUUGUGUCAGAAAUCAGUGAACUGAUGCGUGAUGCUGUACCAAACCAAAGCUACAUGUCACUUGAGACCCAUGUACGUUUGUCGUACAAAACUUUUUUUUAUGAAUGAGCGGGAUCAGAACUAGGAUGAACUCCCUAGCAACAUGGUAAAAGCCUUCAAGAAACUCACCAUUCAAACCUGGUGGGUUGAAAGCGAACAUCGAGACAGAUUUUAUCGGGGCGUCUUCGUCUAGGAAAAAUGUUAUCCAGGCCACUACAUUAGGGGUGAUUAAAAAUGCUGGUUUAUGCAUUGGGCAACAGCGGCCAUUCACAAGCGUGACAGAAAGGGCAUCAAAUACUUAUUUUGAUUCGUAUCGAGGUAAACUGAUGUAACAUCAUAUGGUUAUACUAGAUUUAAAAACACUGUAUCAUAACAUUUUUUUCUUUCUUGAAUUUCAUUUUAUUUCUUAUUUUAAAUCAAUUUCUGUGAAUUAGACCCUGUUUUCAAUAGUAUUGAUUUAUUUCUCAAUUAGCCUACAUUUAAAAAAAAAAAAAUUUUGCAGUAAAAAAAAAUAUUCCACUCUAAAGGGUUGUUAUGAGCUGAAUAUUAUAGACUACAUCGUGAAAUUGAUCUGUCCCCUAAAAUCAGUAUUUGGUUCCUUUCAAAUUAAAAAAUUAGAAAAAGAUGGGGAAAAAAAAGGAUGUAGCCUUUUUAAAGUAGGCCUAAUUGUUGGAGAUCAGUUCAUAUAAUGUAAGAAGUUUUACUUGAAUCAGAAAAUAAACACAGAACAGUUAGGGCAUAACUUCAGUAGUUUUCUUAAACUUUCCACUUCCAGGCAUGUAUCAACAAUUACGCAGGAAUGAAGGAAAGCCGGUCGGCAAAAGAACAGGUUUGUUUGUGAGAGCGAUUCUACCAAAGGCUAAAGAUCUUGCAACUUUGUGACAUUAUCGGAAAACUUGCCACUAUUUUAUUUUUAAAAUUUUAGGUUGCUUCGAUUAUGUUUUUCAAUAAAUCAUUAGAGGUAGUAUCAUAACUUUAACCAAAGAUCUUUUUCUUCGAAACUUCAUUCUACUGGUUUAUUUAAUCAUUUAAGAGUUGACACAUAAAACAUAACUAGUUUGACAAACUUAAAGACACUAGCGACAGGUCAGUGCACAAAUAAAAAAAAAAAUGUAGGGACUAAAAUGAUUUUAAAAAUGAAAUGGAAUGUAUUUUAAAAAAGCUCAACAAAACCGUGAACUUGGGAGAAAUUAUGGCUUCUUCAUUUUAAUUCUUUAACUUCCUUUAAUUUUAAAAAAUCACAUUAACCGGUAUUAUACAGGAAGUUUUCUGGUAGAUUAAAUUUGUACCUGCAAUGAUGUAAAAAUUUCUUAAAAUUCUAAGUACUUUUAACUUUAGAAAGGGAUUUGUUCAUAAAAUUAUAUAUAUAUGAUUUAUAUUUAGAUUUUAAUAUUUAAUCCCAUUACACAUCUGCUAGUUAAUGGUUAUUUUAUUUCAAGGUUCAGAACAAGGAUGACUUAUCACUUCACAUUAAGUCUUUGAAUGACUUUUCUAACCAUGGAAGAUGGGACAAGGCAUAUGAAGCAGCUGUCAGUUGUAACCUUGAGAUAAAGUUUGUUGAAGAGUUCCACUGGUUUGACUAUCUCCAGUCAGUAUUUCAAGUAAGUCGAGUAAGUUUUGUAAAAAUCAGCGAAUACAGUGUUUUAAAAUAAUUCAGCAAAAGUUCUUCUUCUUCUUCUAUAUCUUAAGGGCCCACGAUCAAUUUAUUGAUCAUUUUGGCUCCUAUGCAUGUAGAUGGGAUUUGCAAUGUUUCUGUUCCUGGUGUUGAUGAGGAAAUUUCACAGAUUUCCAGUGCCACUCUGUGAGGGAAUCAUGCACUGGGGGUUUGAAGGCUUGAGGCAAUAGACACAAAUGUGUCUAGUGUUGUCGCCUCAACCGUUCCUUUUGAAAGAUUGUUCCAGUCCCUGAUUGUCUUGGGCAGGAAUGAGCAAUCGCCUCAACCGUUCCUUUUGAAAGAUUGUUCCAGUCCCUGAUUGUCUUGGGCAGGAAUGAGCAGCUCCUAUACUGGCUUCUUGCUGGUAUGAGCCUGAAUUGCCUGUCAUGGCCUCGUCGCUGUCUAUGGGGGAGAGGUACGAGUUUCUGUUUAAUACUGGAACAGUGGACCAGCCCAUUAUUUAUCUUGUACAUCAUGGAGAGCCUGGAUUAAGAUUAAGGCACACCUGAACUUAUUAAUUUCUUAUUUUUUAAUAUUUGAUCUUUUCCAAAAAAAUAAUUAUAAUUUUAUUUUGUUUAUUAAACUAAUUACAAAUUAAUUUAGGCUAAACUUAUCUGAAUAUGAGGAAGACUAUAAAUUAUUGGACAUAACUCAAAGUAAAAAUGGGGAAAAUGAAUGUAAUAAGUGCCCAAAAUAAAAAAAAAUAAACAUUUGUGUUUUUGAAAUUUAGCAAAUAUAACCUCAUGUCCUUACCUUAAUGACAAAAAUUAUUUUCUGGGUUGGCAUAAUAUGAAGUAACGCCUACUGAUGAAAUUUAAAAAUAUUAACUCAGUUGGCCUAUAUACUUUAAAUAAAUCUUAGCCUCUUUAUUGGGUUACAUAUUUAUGAAGUAUUAAAAAUAAUAUUUAUUUAGUCAAUAUUAAAAUGUUUAGACUACGAUUUUUAAUUGUAUGUUUCUUUUUUUUCUUCAAAAAGGAAUAUGGUAUUAAAAACCCAGAUGUGAGAUUGACAUAUGAAUACAAUCUUCAUUACCUUUACAUUCUUAGAAACUUCACAUACCUUAGUUUGUGUACAAGAGAUGUUAAUAUCUGUGUCAGGGCCUUAAAGAGGUAUAUAGAUAAAGUGAACUUCAAUUGUGCUACAUUCUUUUCAAAAUAUAUAUAGGAUGCAGAUUUUAUACUAUUUUUGAAUUUCAAAAGAAAUAAAAUUAAGGAUACUUCAUUUAUGUCUUCUUGUAAAAUCUUCUCAUUUAAUUGAACAUGCAAGACAAGAGUUUAAAAAUUAGAAAAAUUCAUUACUUUUGAAUCUAAAAUAAUCAGAAGAUUUUUGCCAAACGAUUUUUAAAAUAAUAUUCUAAAUAUUCUUUCUACUUACUGAAUUGGUCAUUAGUUUUCUGCGGGACACACACUAAAUUAAAUAACAGAUAGAGACUUCAAAUUUUAAUUACAGAAGAAAAGAAUGGAAAAUAAUUGCUCUAGUAUUUUAUAUUUUUAACCAAAAGAUGGUAAUGCUUUUUUAAUAUGUUUCUUUGUUUUAGGUGGAAUUUUUAUUAAAAAAUAACCAAAAAUAUUCUUUUUCAUUUUUUUUUUAGCUUUGAACAGCAUUUGAACCAUGCCCUGUCCUUGGACAUGUCAGAUAAUACUUGGCAUGGUUUGAUGAAAGAGAUUAAGGGACAGUUUUUUUACCUGGCUGGUGUUCUUUUGUUAAAAAAGGCUCAAUAUGUGAGUAAGGGAUAAUGCAUUAAAUUGAUUCUUAUUUUGAAAUUCAGCUGGAAAAGAUAUUGACUUAUAAAAAGCUUUAAAGCAAUAUUUAGCUUGCUUUAAAAUAGUUAAUAAUAGAAAUAGUAAUUUAAACGCAAAUAUAUAUAUUUGAAUAUAAGAUAAAUAUUUAAUGAAGUAACAAAUAGUUAUGGUAAAACAUAUUUUUCUUCUGCCCUCUUUUUUUUUCAAUCAUCAAUUUAUCUUACCAAAAUGAGAUUUUUGGAAAUUAAAAUAAUUUUAAAAAAUCAAUUUGACACGUCAGCUUUUAUCCAGAUAUGACUUUUAUUUUUUUACCUCAUCAAUAUUAUUAAAAUAAACAUUUCAAAUAAUCUGUAUCAAAAUAUACUUUAUUAUUACUACUCAAACAGGAAAUUAUAGCUUUGAAAACUGCAAUUAUGGCAGCAGGAGCUUGUUUUUUAACCAGCUACAAAGUGGAUCCCAUUAACAGCAAUGAGCAAUGGAUUAAAGAUCUACCCCAGCAUGGAACCAAAUUUUACAAAUGGUGGUAUCUUCAAAGCUAUGAUCGUGUGUCUCAGAUUGGUAUGUUGCAAGACAUCAGAAAUUUGUUUUUUUACCUAUAUGUAAUAUAAAGUUUCAUGAAGAUUGCAAUUAAUGUGUUUUAUGUGACUGCAGGUUACAUGUUAUUUCAACUUUAUUAUUUUGUAAAAUCAUUUUUUUAAUAUAAUUUUUUUUAUUGUUAAUUUUACAUUUUUCAUGGGUAUCGUUUUAACGUGCACUUUGAAUUUGAUCCUUAAAAUUCCUACACUACCAACAUACCUCUAAAAUUAUUGAUUUAGCUAAACAAGAAACCCUUACAUUAGAUUCCUCCUAUCAGCAUGGUAAGGCAUUGCCAUAAAAUGACCAAAAAAUGAUGUUCUUUUUUACUAAUCUUGUUGGUAGUCUCUCUAAAAAAUUCAUCACAACUAAAUAAUGAGUUUUUUUUUAAAUUUAGGUCACAUACUGAACAAAUGGUCUAGUUGCAACUUUGUGGAAUGGAGUAAAAACAUAACACACCAGUUUAUGACACCUGAUGGUCAAAAAUAUCUGUACAAACUUCUUUUUGGUAAUGAGGCUGAGACAAAAGAAAUGAAACAAUCUUUUUUCGACCAAUCCAGGGAGUUGUUGGAUAAAUCAGCUCUCAGGACACAAUUAACAGACAGACAACUAGCAGAGAUAGAUAAAGGUUAGCACUAGAGACUGUCAAAUCAAAAUAUUUAUAACUAUAGUGCCUAUGUUAAAGGUCCUCCAGGUAGAUACUCUUUUACAUCUGAUUUUCAUUUUGUCAUAAUUGAUCAGAAAAAUAACCUAUAAAUUUAAUAGUAAUUAUUAUUGUUUCUUAAAUUAAAAGCAUGCAGGUAAAGCUUUUUAUUUUUACCCACAGUUGCAUGUAAACUUCAUCUGUGCAACCUGUCUCACUUGGUGUGGUUGUGUCAACAACACUACUCAACAGACAUGGAUAUGCAACCCCAUUGUGAGUACUCACAUGUAGAAAACUAUGAUUUUAAUUCACUUUUCUUUCCAAAUACAUUUUAAAUUAUUGAAAUCAUUUAAUAUAAAAUGCUCAACGUAUUUUAAUAUGAGUUAAUUUAUUUAAAACUAAUGCAGAUUAAUAGUCACCACUCAUUCUAGAUGGCAAAUUACUAAAAUUAUUUUUCUUUGUAUCAUUCUAAAGAAUUCAGAGUAAAUUAAACGUUUAAGAAACUCUUGUCAAUACAUCUUGGAUAACGUAUUCAGUUAACAAUAACAUUUUUUUGGGGGGAUACAUUACGGUUAGGAUAUUUAGUGUAUUACUUCAGAUCAUGUAGGCCUAUAGCUAAGUAACAUGAAUUAAAUAACAUAUUAUUAUAGGCUGGAGGUUUUUUAAAAAGUUUUGAUCACAUUCAAGAAAGAGUCAUUCUGCGUACUAUUUUUUAAUGCUACAUUUAUGAGAAUAUAUAAAUAUAUAUAUUAUACUUACUAUACUAAAGAUGAUAUAUUAUAGCUUUGAGAAAUAGUUCUUACCCCAUUUAUAUUGUCUGCAGAUCCAUUUUUUACCAUUGAGGACUUUCAGUAUGGUGUGAGGACCAUGGACAAUGGAGUUAUUGGGUCACUAUGCCAAACAGACAUUUUGGUAAAAUAAAUAAUAAUAAUAAUAAAUACAAUUUUUUUUAGUACAUUUGGAACCAAAAUAAAAUUUAAAAUUUCUUAAACCUUCUUUUUAACCAGAUUGUCAAGCUCUAAUAAAAUUGUACAAGCUCAAACCCUUAAACAAUCUUAAUUGGAGAAGCAUUGAGAAAAAUUCAAAAUAAAUUUAAACUGUAAUUUUUACAAUUUAGAUUUUUAAUAAUUACCUUUAAAGUGCUUUUAAUUUACAUAAUUAGUUUCAACACUUUUAAUAUUAUUAAAACUGUUUAUAAUUAGCUAUUGACAUUUUAAAUAGUUACUCCAUCCCUUAUUAAUCAGUUUAGAUGUUUUGUUUAAGGUUUGUUGCCAAAAGAUUUUCUCUAUUCAGGGCAUCUGCAUUUGCCAAAUUUUAAGGUUACAUACCAUCUUUAAAUCUUUAAAAUUUACUACGUUACUAUUUCAACUAUGGCUUAGCUUAAUUGCUGCUGUGGAUCACUUUUAAAGAAACAUGAAUCUGCUUGGCUAUAUUCACAUUUAAAAAUAAAUAUGUAACAAAACACAUAUUUGGACAAGAUUUCCUAAAAGAAUUUUCAAAUAAAUCUUAUUAUUUCCUGUAGGUUUUCCUGCUUGCCACUGUGCGCUGCUCAUCCCAGGAGGUGAGUGACAGUUCUGUGAUUGACACUUCAUGGCACAGAUUUACAAUGCCAGUUUGUCUGACUCAGGAUCUAUGUACCCCAGAACAAGCUGAAUGGUGGGCUGCAACUUAUAACUACUGUACAUCAAAAUAUAAGUAAGAAUAUUUUUCUUGAUAAAAAACUGUUUGUAAAUAAUGUGUUUUAAAUUAAAACUGUCUUAAUCGCUAAUCAAUUUUAUAAAUUCUCUAAGAGUUUUUGUCACUUUUAUCCUUAACUUAUAAGAUAAUAUAAUUGAAAAAAAAAACAGCUCUAAUAUGAAAUGCUUUUUUCUGUAUUUCUAUAGGAAUGGUACAGGAUUAAAAAUAUAAUAAAAAAUAUAAUAAAUCAUUAUAGAGAAAAUAUUUAAAAGGUGUACAUAUUAUAAUUGAUUUUUAUAUAAAGGCUAUUUAAAAAUUAAAUUGCUUUUUAAAUUAGUUUUUAAUGGUCAUCAGCUAUUAAAAAAAUCAUUUUAAGACUAGUAUGAAAAAAACAUGAGAAUGGUAAAGCAAAUGGCCAACUUUUAAUUUUAAAAAUAGUAUUAUGUAUUAUUGGGUCUAUAAAAAUAUAUUAUAUUGAACCACUUACUGAACAGAUCUGAAUUUUCUGAUGUGAGGAGAAUCCUGGUUAAAGGCAUUGAAACUGUCAGACUUGUUGCACAACAUGGCAUGUCUUUACCAAUGAUGGUCCACAUUGCAAGGUCACUGAGUGCAAAGGUUGGUGUAGGUCUUAGGAUUUUUUGGAGGUCCUUCAUGAUAUUUAGCUCACCUAUUCUUAUUUGACAUAUUUAGUAAAUUAGUAAUUUUAAAAGAAAAUGUCUAGUUUGUUCUGUUCAAAAGCUUUCAUUCCAACAUAUUAAAAUAAGGUCAAAUUACUUAAAUCUUUUUAAGAAGACAAUCUAAGUUUUAAACAAAAAAAUGGUGCUAAUAUUAAGGUGGCGUCUUUGGUUGUGGGUAUGGAGGCCUAAAGAACAGGCAUUAAAAAAAAAUCGAAAGUAGAAUUAAUAAUUUUUUAAAAAUGUUAAAUAGUUAUCUUUAUUUUUAACAUUUUGGGCCAAGUUUCAUUUAUCCUUUGUUCUUUUAAUCAAUUUUCUUCACACAUUUUGAGAAACCCGGUCCUAAAGAGUUUUAACUUGUUAGUAAGUAGUCUUGAGUGUUAAGAGACAUUUAUCAUUUUGCUAUUCAAAAUUCUUUGUUUUAAAUGAGUAUUGAAAUUUCAUAAGUGGGUAACAAGGGUAUGGACACAAAAUUGCUAUUUUAAAAAAAGUGUCACAUCUGCUGUGAUUGUCAGUCCCAUGUGGUUCAUCUUUAAAAUGUUUUUGAAUUAUCCAUCUUAUUUUAUUGAUAGCAAACAUUGGUGGUCAUUGCUGACUUCAAUUUGAACUAACUUCCUAUCUACUGUUGUAUAUUGUCUGAAAUAAGGUUUAUAAGUUUAUUGGCUUAUUAUGGCCUUGUCUCAGUUUACAAAAAAAAAACUAAUUAUAUGUUCAUCCAGUUACAUUUCUCCCUACGCCAGUUAAUCUACUUACAUUAUUUUAUUUAAAACGCCCAGAAUAUUGCAUCAAAUAAAAUAAAUUCAAGUAUAGCUAUGAUAUUCCCCAACUGAGGAAUUUAUUCAUUGUACUACUGAAGCUUGAAAAAAAAAAGUUCUAUUCAUUUGAGGUGAAUACAUGGUUUAAUUUCAUAAAUUAAAACUUUUCGCAUUUAAAAAAAUUGAUUAAAAGUUACUAAUUUUUAUGUGAAAAUUUAAUUUAUCAUCUUUCUUGCUUGUCAGUUUUUUUUGGCUGACAGAUUUUUCUGUGUAAUUUUAUGAAAAAUAUUAAGUGUAACUGUACAAAAUUUCUAGUGCAUUGAAAAUAAUGAGGUCAGAAUUUCUUUAUAUUGUAAGGGCAGAUGAUCUCUCUAUGUUUAAUUUUUUUUGCUAUUAAUUUUAAUGAUUUUAAUAUUUUUGGACUAUUUUUAAUUUUUAUUUGGUUCACAUAUUUAUCAACAGGUUAAAGCCUUGAUGGAAGUUGGAAAUGAUUACCAAUGUACAGUAGCAGAGAUAAAAGCCAUUGAAAUGAGAGCUCAACACUACUGGGAGAAAAUUAAGACUUAUUUAGAAAAGCUUCAAAGGUGAUCAUUAAGGGAUUUUUUAAAAACUAAAACGAUACUAACUGAAAAUAUUGUGAUAAACUAAGUAGGUUCAUUUGGAAAAAAUCAAUUUUUUGUGGUAGAGUUAAUUUUAAAAAAAUAAAGAUAUCUACAUAUAUAAUAAAGGUUGUUACGCAUCUUAUCAAAUUAGUCUAUGUCAGAUUACAUUUUUUAUAUUUACUUGUAAUUAUAAAUUCCAGUUUUAAAUUCUAAUUUAAUUUUUAAAAAAGGAAUGUAAAAUGUACUGAAUCUUAAACAAAUGAAAGAGAAUAAGGUUCUAUAUCAUUGGUUUUGUUAUGUCUUUUAACGCUAAAAUAUCUAGACAUAACUUACUUUAUGGGCAACACAGCCAAAGGAACACAUGCUCAACAUGCCACUGGAUCAGACUGAUUGUGAUAUCAAUAACUCGUAACUAUUUUCAUGAAUCUGGUUGUGUUUAAAACAAUGUAAUAGAGACACCUGGGACAGAUUUAUAAUAUUAUUUUCAUUCCCAAGAUAUGAAAACCUUCAAGUAACUGGCAACAGACUGUUUGAAGAACCUCAAGAUAUGGAACUUUCCCAAGAACAAAUUGAGUUGUAUCAGUCAGAAUCUACAUUUGCUCUGGCUCUUGCUUCAAUGAAUAGAUCAGACUAUGCCAGGGCAGUGGAAGGCUUUAAGAAGAUUGGAUCAGCUGAUGCCAGUCUAUACUGUGCAAAGGUGACCUUGAAUGUUCUUUCAAUCAUUUCAUAGCAUUGAAUUCCUUCAUUUCUAAUCUUUGAAUUCCAUCGUAUUAUCAUUAUAAUUUUAUUUUUAAAGUUCCGCUGAUUUUUAAAAAAUUCAUUUUGGAAUUUUUCAAAAGGAAAUAUUUACACCAUUAACCUAAAAUAAAUAUUUAAUAAAUUUAAAUGAUUAUCAACAUCUUUAAAUUUACAUUUGUUAUCAAACAAAGUUUAAUAGUCUACAAUUUAUCACCAACCAAAACAGUAGUGCUUUCUAUAAAAUUUACAUACUCUUAAUGAUAUUGCCUCAAAUACAUAAAACACAUUUUUACAGAAUUACUACUAAUUACUUUAUUUACUUAUGCCUUUCACAACACCUGGGGCAUAGGUUGUAUACAAGAAUUUUCCAUUCAUAUUGGUCUUGUACUUACCUUUCCACUUACUUCCCGGGUGUAGGCCUAUCCCAUGCUUUGUUUAUCUGCCUCUAGCUCAUGUCUUCAUGUAUUCUUUGGCUUUCCCCACUCUUACUUUUACAAUGUCGAUUCCAUAUUAAGGAUUGCCUUGUGAGGUCAUCAGCGGGUUUACAAAGAGUUAGAGAAUUAAGUGAUUACAAUUAGAAUUAAUAAUAUCAACACUAGAAAAUUGACUUUUUAUCAUACACUGAAAAUAAAAUGAACUUAGCUAUCUCAGAUUAUAUUAGAACAAGAAAUUGUUAAAUUUUACCUUGAGUUAAAGAUAUUUAUGUCCUCCUAUCUAACGUAAAAUAACAGUUAUCAUGUUGGCAAAAUGUUGACAAAAUUCACUAAGACUUCAACACUGUGUGUUUUUAUUUUGGGUCUUCUCUUUCUUUUUUUAUAUAGAUUGUUAACUUAGCUGAAACGUUAAAUUUGAUAUUCAUGAAAAUGAUACAUAACUUUUAAGUAACUAAAGCCACCAAUUAGUUAUUAAAGUAAGGGCUUGAGAAGUUAUAUGCUGUUGUUUCAGGCCUACAAACAAUGGGCAAAGAAAGAAAUAUUUGAAGAUGAUGGAACAGAGGAAAAGCAUCUUUGGAUUGAGGAACUUCUUCUCCUUUCCAGGGAUCUUCUGUAUACUCUUAUGGAGACUAGAAUGGGAGACAAAGUAAGCUGCCUUAUAUUAGUUGCUCAAUUUCAUCAUAUAUUAUCUGAGUUUCUUUUAGCCUUCUUCUUGUUGUAAAAAAAAAAUUUAAACAUGAUUAUUUUGAGACUAUAUUACAAUUUACCUUCAUUCAAAUACAUUUUAACUGACAAUAUCAAUAGACUUAUUUACAUUGUUAGAAAUAAAUAAAAAAAACAAAGGUACUAUAUAAGUUGGAAAUUAUUUAACAUUAGAUGAUGGACAUGUCAAUAAUUUCAGUAAAAUUUACAUUAAACUAACACUUGUUUUAAUUGUUUAUCAUUUUAAUUGCUGUCAGCCAAGUUAAAAUAUGCAAUGAUAUAUUUAAUAUUUCUGUGCUAAAUACACGGAAAGCUAAACUAAAACACAGCAAACUUAACAUGCAGCAAAGCAAGAACUAAUUAUGUUCUAAGUAAAAAUACGUUUUGGUUAAAUUAAAGUCUUUGUGUUCUUUAAAAAAAAUUAUUUUGGAUUUUUUAAAAAGCAAUGCAAAUUGCAGUUGUCUUUAAAUAGUAAUGUACUCAAUGUGUAAAAUAAUAUUGAAUAAUUUUAAGAUUUUAUUUUUUUAAAAUCUAAUAAAUACUAAGGUUUUAUGGAAGUAGAGAAUUUUAAUAGCAUAAGCAAACUAAACAAUAUUUUGAAUGACUUAUACUUAAUUAAUUUUAAUUUAAGCACCUAAUGGAGCUUGUUAAAAGCGAAUUGGAUGAAGUUGAGCUGAUUAUUCAUAAAGACAAAGUCUGUAAGUGCCCAUAUAUUUCCCAUUUUUACCACUAGGCCUAUAUCUUAAUUUUAAAAAAAAAAAAAGAAAUUAAAUCAAUACGAAAAGCUAUUUUUAUUGUCUUUUUUGUAACAUGCCAUUUUUUAACGUACUUAAACUUUCUUACUUAACCAAACUCUGUUGUACAAACAUUUUAGUAUAAUAGUACAAUUCUAUAAUUUUUUAUCAUUCACACACAGCAGAAAGAAUUAUUUAUCUCAUAAAUUCUUUGCCUGGUUUACAAUCGAUUUAUUUUCAGCUGAAAUUCAAGAUUCUUUUUGGGACAGUGGUUUCUUCCAAACACCUUUAAAGUCUGAACCAGAUUAUAAGACUCCCUCAGGUGUCAGGAGAAAUCUUUUUAAUGGUACAUCAAUUCAGGUAAGCUGACUGGACUAUGUAGUGAGUAUUUUUGCUUUGAUUAGAAAUAUAGAUAUUUAUUAUUGUUUAUACUCAAAACCUUAAUUUAACAAGUUGUCUCUUUUGAUUAAAAUAAUAAAUACAUUCCUUGUGAGAUAUUUAUCUCUGAUCUCAUUUGAUAUAUAGAUCUAAGCCUACAUUGUGUGUUUGUUUAAUUUUUAAGUAAAUUUUAUGUUUUGUGGUUUCAAUGAACAAUUUAACUAUAGCUGCCCACGAAUACUACUUCUAAGCUAAGUGCUAUUCUUUAUUUUUAUUCUGUUUUUUCUGGUUUUUUUGUUUGCUGAUGAAGGCUUCCUGCCGACAAGUUCAUUGUUUUGUUGUGUUCCUUUUUUCAGGGUUAACCCUACGUUAUUUUACUCAUUUUAAACUUAUAAUUGCACCAUCUCUGUAAGUUUAUUAAAUGAAAAUAUGUAAUUUAAGCUUUUUUAAAUACUGAUGGAAUCAAAUCUGUCACAGGGCGAAAAGUUUCUAUGUCAAAAUUUAAUUACCUUGUUUAAAAACUAUUUAAACCUUGCAAAUUACAUUUCUUAGGCAUUCUUAUAUUUUAUUAUAUGUAACAUAAUCUGUGUUAUAAUAUAUGGCUUUAAAAAUUUUGCUUUUAACUCAGCAAGACUCCAGGGCUGGAAUUAGAUAUGCAAGUCAAGUAGUUCAGGUGAACAGAUCUUCACCAUUUCAGUCCUAUGCAUCACACCAAAUAAGAAAUCUGCAUAUGAGCCAGCAGCAACUGGAACGUUCAGUUGUCAUCAGGAACAGUGCACAGCAACAGAAAAGAGAAGACCUGAUUCAAAUUAUAACAGAAAGAAAUGACCAGAUUAUUGCUGUCAACAAUCAGAUGAUUAAGGAAGUGCGUGAUAACACCAGUGCAAUUAAGAAAUCGGUGGAACAGAAUUCAGAGCUCAUCAAAGAUCUGCAGGUGAGUUCUGGUCUGUCACGGAUCAGUUUGUGGUUAUUAUUUUACAAAUGAGAAAAAUGUUAACAGAAUGCAAAAAUAUUUGUUAUAACUAAACACAAAUACAAAAACAAUUAAUUCCUACCCACAAUGGAAAGCUUUCAUUGAUAAAGCACAAAUAUUUUUAAAUUAAAUUAUAAAGUGCUCAUAAUUUAUUUGUUAUUGUCAUUUCAUGACAUCCAUGUUUUUUAUUACAGACUGGUGUCAUGUUUAGACUGAUUUUAUUAUUACUAUUAUUUAAAUGCAUUCAUUCUCCAGAGUUUUGUGGCAGAGAGCAAAAAUGUAGUGGUAGAGAUACAGGUAUGUGCUGGUAAAUGUAUACAUAGUAUUAUGAUUUAGAACUAAAUUAAUCAUAUCACAAUGUUUUUGCAAAAUGUGAUACCAUUUCAAGCAAUCUGAUUUACGAUAAUUUAAAUUUUGAUAUUUUUGUGAUUGGAGAAAUUCUUAAUGGCAAUUGGCAGUUAAAUUUAUUUUAAUUAAAUAAAAAAUACUCAGAUUGCAUUAAAAAAAUUCUUAUAAAAGACUGAUGGUUUUCAAUUAAACAUGUUGUUAUUUCCAGAAGGAAAUAAAGGGAUUAAAAACACAUUCAUCAGUCGGUCAAAGUCCAACAAGGCCCCUUCAUCUAGCUACAAUUCAACAAAGUAAUAAAGGUGAAGUAAGAUACCUGCCUCGUGAAACACUUCCUGAGCAAAACAAUGAAUCUAUAAGAUUUCAACAAAUGCUCAGAAAUAUGCCAUCAGAAUUACAAAAGACUGAUGAUGUACAAACCCAAGCUCAAAUCAUUAGAAGCCUGCCAGCACAGUUUCUGAACCCAGGACAAUAUCAACAACAAGGUACUCUACCAGAACAGUACCAACAACCUGGUACUGUUACAGGACAGUACCAACAACCAAGUACUGCUAUGGGACAGUACCAGAAACCAGGUACUGCUAUGAGACAGUACAAGAAUCCAGGGACUGCUAUGGGACAGUACCAACAACCAGAUACUGCUAUGGGACAGUACCAACAACCAGGUACUGCUAUGGAACAGUACCAACAACCAGGUAUUGCUAUGGGGCUGUACCAACAACAAGGUACUCUCCCAGGACAGCACCAACAACUAGGUACUCACACUAGACAUUACCAACAGUCAGGCAACCUUACACCCUAUGAUCAACAUACAGGAACCAAAACAUCCCACUACCAGGACCAAGGUUUAUUUGCAGCACACUCAGAAGAACCCAAUGUCUUUUCUUUUGGGGGACAGUUUUCUGCUAAUGUUACACAGCCUCAAAAAGCAAACACUCCACAACAGGUUGGUAUUAAUAGUUUUUAGUGACCUCAAAACCUAAGAGAGAUUCCAUAAUUUUGUUACUCAAAGUUUUAUCACUACAAAGUUUUUUACCACUAUGUUUGGUUGCUUAUGUUUUGUUACUGCAAAGUUUUGUUACCACUAUGUUUUGUUGCUUAUAAUGUUUUGUUACUGCAAAGUUUUGUUACCACUAUGUUUGGUUGCUUAUAAUGUUUUGUUACUGCAAAGUUUUGUUACCACUAUGUUUGGUUGCUUAUAAUGUUUUGUUACUGCAAAGUUUUGUUACCACUAUGUUUUGUUGCUUAUAAUGUUUUGUUACUGCAAAGUUUUGUUACCACUAUGUUUGGUUGCUUAUAAUGUUUUGUUACUGCAAAGUUUUGUUACCAAUGUUUUGUUUCUUCAAAGUUUUUUUUCCAUUAUUUUUUGUUGCUUAUAAUGUUUUUUUUCUGCAAAGUUUUGUUACCACUAUGUUUGUGGUAAAAAAAAAAAAAAAAAAGUAAUAGUGUGAAAGAAAUAUUUGUAUUGCUUGUAUAGGAUAUUAUGGUUAAUCUCAUAUUGUGGUAUGAGGAGGCUAUGUGCUUAAUUUUACAUAUCUAAAAUAAGUUAUUACUUCCUGCAGUUUUACUAAGCCACAUAUCACAACCCUUACUAAAUCAUAUGUUUCAUAAUAUUUUUUAAGAUGUCAAAUUUGCCAGUUAUUCUCUAAAUUUCUUGUUAACAUAUAGAGCCACUAUAGUACCAUUAAGUUAAUUGGCUGAGUGUUAAGGUUUAUAUUCUAGCCAUUUUUAUCAAAUGAAAUGAGCUGACAGCGUAAUUUUUAAGUCCAUUAGAGGAAGUGUAAAUAAUGAUGGGUAUCAAUUCAUUGGUAGAUACGAAUUUUCAUAAGUGAUCUUACCAGUUUCUUGAUAAUGAGUUUUCCUAUCUCUUGUCUCCCCAGUUUUAAAUAAUUAUGACAAAUAUUACUAAUAUUCGUAAUUUAGUAAAGGGUUUUGCUAUUUAGGUCUCAGGGUCAUGAAUAUUUCACCUAUCCUAAUCAGGCUGCUUUUUAAACUAUCUCUUUGAACAGACGCUCUUUCUAGCUGAGGAAAUUUGUGUAAAAUUAAAAACCAACAUUUUUUUUUUAGUGUACCCAUUUUUUCAAAUAGUUUUUUUACAUUGCUAAAUGUAAACAUCAUCUCAACCAGAAAUCUGGCAAAGGAGAGAAGAGUAAUAAAAAAUCAAUGCAUGGAGCACAAAGUCAAGAACCAGAUACAACCACACCUGUGUUGGACAGGGAAGAAAUCUCACAGGCUUUGUUAGACAAUGUGUUAGAUAAAGUAAGACAGGAAAUGAAAUCAGUAGAGAAAAAACAUCAGGAACAAACAGAAAGGGAAAAAGUCCUUCAAGCACAAAUGGAAGAAUUUCUAAAGGCACAAAGAGAAAUGCAAGAGAAAUUAAUAGAAGAAACAGAACAGAAGAGAAGAGAGCAACUUCAAAAGGAGCAUAAAGAACUAAUGGAACAGAAAGAAAUGUUGAUAAAAGAAAGGGAACAUGCCCAAAAAUUGGAAAGAAAGCAGAGAGAACUACAAGAAGAAUUAGUCAGAAAACAAAUAGAGGAUAAUAUGAAAAUGGAAAAAAUGCAAAAUGAGAUCAUGCAAUUAAAAAGAAAGGAAGAAAUUCAACAGAGAGAAGAAAUAGAAAAGUUGCAAAUACAGCUUAAACAAGAGAAAGAAAACCAACAAAGGGAAGAAAGCCAACAAAAAGAAGAAACCCAAGAAAGGGAACAAGCACAAUUGAAACUACUGGAAACAAUGCGCAGAGAACAACUGGAGCAAAAAGAAAAAUUUGAACAAGUCCGAAAAGAACUGGAAGAGUUAAAAUUGAAAGAAGAAUCGCAACAGAGGGAAGUAAUGGAACAGAAACAAAGGGGGUUUAAACAAAGGGAAGAAAUGCAACAAAGGGAAGAAAUCCAAAACAGGGAAGAAACACAAGAAAAAGAACAAGUUCAAAAGAAACUACUGGAAACAAAGCACGGAGAACAAAUGGUGCUGAAUAAAAACUUUGAACUAAUCCCAAAUGAACUCAAAGAAUUAAAACAAAACAAAGAAUCUCAACAGAGAGAACAAAUACAGCAAGGGGAACUAAUUAAUCAAGAACAAAUGAAAGAUGCAGACUGUUACAUUCAAACACAAAAGAAAGAAUUUGAGCAGAAUAUUAAUGACUACAAACAAAGACCCAAAAAUGAAAAUGAUACACCCAGUGGCAGGCCAUUUAUCAAAGCUACAAAAUUCAAAAAUCCCUUCAAAGGAUCAACCCCUGACAGCCAAUUCUCUAGCCCAACUGGGGCAUCAAACAAUGCUUCAAGGAUAGGAUUAAUUGGAACAUCAGUGAGAAAUGGUCAUGACAUAGAAUUAUCAAAUAGACAUGACUCUUCACAAAUGUGUCUGGAGACUCAAAAAACUACCAUGACAGUCUUUAAGCCAGAUUCGGAGCUCCAGGCUGCAUCAAAUGAAAAGAAAAUUGCCAAGCAAUGCACAAGAUCUGAUGAGACAGAUGGUGGCACUACUUUCAAAACAAGGAAUUUCAAGUCUGCAGAAUCUGUGAGUUAUUUUAAGUUAAACUUUUCGAUUUCCUGUAAGUAAAUAGUGGAACAAGGUAUAUUUAUUCUUGAAAUAAGAAAAACAACACAACUAAAUGGAAGUUUUGGCUAGAUGCCAUCUUCAUCAGAUAAUUCAAAACAAUGCAAUAAGAUGAAAAAGCAUUGAUUUAAAAGUCAGUUAAAUUAUAUUAUCUUUUCUUUUCAAGCCAAUACAUAUCUUGUUCAACUAUUUUAUUUACUAUACAUGGCUUGAAUGCAGUUCCUAAAAUAUUAUUAGUGUUUUGUAAACAUCAAUUCCAUGUUUGCAUAUAAAUUAGAUCUCCUCGGUUAAAACCUAUUUAAAAUAAACCCCGGGAUGCUUUAAACAAAAUAAAGGGUGCAUUUCCUUAAAUGUAACAAAAAUAAAAAAUACCUUAAAUUGACUUGACGUGUUUAUUUUAAAUAGAUCAAUCAAUGUAAAUCUUCAAAGAAACCUACAGCAGCUCAAGUAAAGAUUUGUCAGAACUGCUCAGAAAAUAUAACAGGUAACUAAUUUAAUUUUAAUGCCAUAUAUAAUUAGUGGUUUUUAACCUUCACAAUAGAGUGAAAGAUUUCAGCAUGAAACAUCAGAAAACAAACAGUAAUAAAUUAUUUACAGAAAAAUUAAUUUUUUUUUUAUUUAGCUACAUUUAUCAUGAUGCAUUGUUUUUAACUUUAUGUUUAAAAUAAAACAAUAAAUAAUUUUUUGGGGGGCGGGAUUUUUAAGAAAUUCUUCCAAUUAAAUGAUUUAUAACAUAAAUUACUCCAGAUUUUAAUGGCACCAAUCAUUGUAAAUAACAGACCCUUAUUAUCAACUAUAGUUUAGUUCCAAUUUUUUACCUAUUACAAUUUUUCUGUUUUGUCAUAAAUCACAUGUUUUGAAUGUAGUGCCACCAUCUGUCUCAUCAGAUCUUGUAUAUCCCACAGCAGAAUUUUAGUUUUCAGAAAUAUUGUGAAAUAUUUUAUAUCUUAAUCAUCUAUUCAUCUGGUGCUCUUAAUGUGGUUUAUAAUUAUAAUUUUUGUUAAAGUUAGUUUGUUUUUUUUUUACUCCUCUUUUUUAAUUACAUCAAUACACCCGAGUUAUUUUCAUGUACCAACAACAGUUUAUCAAUGAAGAUAACUUUAAAUCGCUUUAUAAGCUAUGUAUUAUUCUGAUUAAUUGUAAAAUUAGACACCUUCCAUGCAAACUGUGCAAUGGUAAAAUAUUUUUGCAGAUUUUCUUCAGGUGGCCUUACUGUGUCUAGUUAAGUUUAAUGGCAAUUAUGAAAGGUAGAGUUAGAAAAAGAGCAACUAAAUUUAACUGGUCAAUAUUUAAGGUUCCAAAAUUAAUGGUGGUGAAGACUUGCAUCCUGAAAUAAGUCAGAUUAAAGGGCAGACAUCAUCACAAAAUGUAAAUGAGUUUGAGCCUGUUAUUCCCCUUCCACCUAUGGCAGAACAUUUCAAUGGAGAGGAGAAUGAAACUGAGGUAUUGUGUUAUAGAAAUUUCAUUUAUAACAUUGUAAAAUAGCAGGUUAUCAUCUAGUGUUGAAAUCACUAAUGUUAGUUUCAUACCUAAAUAUUCACAUUUGAUCAAGCUUUUUUUACUUUUGCAAAUUAAAAAGUUUUCAAAAAAAUAAUUGUAAUGAAAUAAGUUGCCUUGGUUGCUGUUUAAAAUAUAUUUCAAUUUUUAUUUUACAUCUAAUGAAAUAGGCUAUAGACUAUAUAAAUAAAUGAUUAGAAACACACAUUUUCUUCAAAGGUUAUUGUUGAAACGUGUUGCAUGUAUAGAUUUGAUAAAGAAUCCAAAGUUUGGAAAGAAAAAGGACAUGGUGCAUUGAAGAUUCUUAAACACAAUUCAAAACUUCAGUACAGGAUUGUUAUGCGGAGAGACCAGGUGAGAUAUGUUUACUUAUUUAUAUCAGUUGUUUACAUAGGUACAAAAUUUCGGAUUAGUUUUUUUACAUAGGUACAAAAUUUCAGAUUAGUUAUUUAUAUUGUACAAUAGACAUAAGUUGUUAAAAUUGCUAAAAUAAUUCAAAUUAGUUGUUUAAAUUGGUACAACAUUUCAGAGUGUAUAUGCAAGACUAAAUAACUGAAAGUUAAUCAAAUUUAAAAGCUAAAUUCAACAAAAUAAAGCAUACAUAUAUGUUUGGUAUAAUUAUAUAGCUGAUUCAACAGUACACAUGUGGAUAAUGCCCUUCCCAAGGGAUUAAGUUUUUAGGACAGCUAGUAGUUAUCGCUUAUCUUCACAUACCGUUUGCUUAAUUUUUAAGAUACUCCUCAGUUAGAUUUUAAAAACUGAUUUAAGUUUGUACAAAAAUGCUAACUACGGAUCUGUUAUGUAACAAGUGAAAUUAUGAAUUUAGUGAAGCUUAUAAAAAUGAUGAAAUAUUGUUCUACAAAGUGUGCAGAAAACUGUUAAAUAAAAGCAGAAAAAUUCAUAAAAUAAAUCUGAAGAUAGUGAUGAUAUUUAAUUCAAAAGGAAAACUGUAUGCUAUGAAAUACAAACGUUGUGAAUUGGGUGGGGUGGGGAGAGAGGUGAUACAACUGAAUAACUAACCAGAGCAUAAUAUAAAAUAGUUUUUAAUAUUCAUUACAAAAUGAAAGUCUUUAAAAUUUCUUAUAAAAAUUAAAAUUAACAAAAAUAUAUAUAUUCAGAUUUGUUUUUUUUUAAAUUAUUUUUUUCAGGUCCUGACAUUAUGUGCAAACCAUUUGAUGACCACUGACAUGACAUUUACUCCUAUUUCAAACUCUAACAAAAGUUUUUGUUACUGGGCAUUGGAUUACUCUGAAGAGGAAGGGAAAGUUGAGUUUUUGGCCAUCAAGUUUAAUAAAAAGGAAAAGUCUGAGAAUUUCUUGGCAGUACUUAAUUGUUGCCUGGAGAAAAUUCGGCAUGAUAAAAUUGAUGAUCAUACCUCUAGCCAAUCAAUGAGGGAUUUAUCCUGUGAAGAUUUUAGUUUGAACAAUGGCCCUCUAUAUGAAGGGAGGUUGUGCAUAAGCAAAGCACUUUCCUCUUCACCUAGACAGAACACAAGAAUUCUUGAAAAAUUCAGGACUACUGAGGAAACAACAUCAUGUAGUUCAAAAAGUAUUCAAAUUUUGACACCAGUUAUGGUCCCUACACGUCUAGUUGAACGUUUUCCUGAGACAAAGGAUGAACAAGAGGUAUUGUGAAGUUGUAAUAAAUCUAAUAUGUAGGGGAGGUGAAGAAGGGAUCAGUUGAUUCUUUGGUAAAUGGAUUGAAAAAAAAGAAAUAUCAAUUAUUUUCAAUCCAGAAAGAUGAUUAUUUUAUUAAUCAUGGCAGACAAGAAAUUUAUUUUUGAGAUCAAAUUAAGGGAAUUAUAGCUUCACUGAUGAAAAAAGGCUUACAUUUGUUUUAUUUUCAAACAUUUUUGACAGUUAAUAUCCUCAAAGUGCCUACUGUUCAAAUCUGACAAAGAAACUGGAAAAUGGCAAAGAAAAGCAUGUGGUAACUUAAAGAUUAUUUGGAACCUUCCUGAAAAACAGUUUAAGAUAAUUAUGAUAGAUGACCAGGUAAGGAAUGUUUAGAUCUUGACAUCGUUUCAAUACAAGUUUAAACUGAAUAACAAUAUAAUUUAAUUAAAUUUUAUCUUCAUAAAAUUACUAUUUUAAAAACUUAUUUAAAAAAUAGUGUUUUAUGGUAAAUCCUUUUCUGAGAUUAGAAAGUUGUGACAAGCAUUUAAACAUUUCAGAAUUCAAUAUGAUGCUCAGGUUUAAAUGUUCUUGAUGUAAAGCUGAUUUCCUCAAAACCUAAUAUUCUUCAAAAGAAAAUUAAUCCCUAAAAGAACAUAACAAACGAAAACAAUUAUUUUUUUUCCUCCAUAUUUAUUUUACACAGAUUCACACUUUGUGUGCAAGCCAUAUCAUCAGACCAGGAUUGAGGCUGUUAGCCAUGUCUCAUUCUGAUCACAUGUUUUGUUAUGAAGCACUGGAUGAAUUUGGAGAGAAGAAAAACGUUGAGCAAUUUGCCAUCAAGUUUAAGAACAAGAAAAAGGCAGAACAAUUUCAGGAGGUGUUUGAUGAAUGCUACAGCAAAAUCUGUGAUGUAAUAUUUGAUGAUGAUUCAACACGUAAUGCCUCUAGUGAACGUUUGAGUGGUGUAUCCAGUGAAGAUUUCAGUGAGAAAAAAAGACCUGCAGUUAAAAACUCUUUAUAUGUUAGCAAAGCUGUCAGUGAUUCAUGUAACAUGGAAACAUCUGAGAGCUUCUUUGCAGGUGUGAGAAAGGGUAAGACUUUAACUUAAUUUGAUAUUUUAUCUGUUUGAAUUUAAGUAGUAGCAUAAUGAUUUGGCCAAUUACUUCAGCUUGCUGCACAAAAAUGUAAUCUUCAUCUCAAUGUUGUGGAAAUCAUGACUCUUUUUGCGAUCUUCAUUUUUGUAAUUGAGAACUUAAUGAAUAUUUGAAAUUUCAUUGCCAACUACAUUGAGAUUUUUUGAUAUAAGAGUUAAACAGAUGAUUUAAAGCUGUUAUAAUAUGGUUGUAAAAACAUUAUAUUUUUUUUACCUUUGUAUAAGAUGGAAGAUCAAGAGAAGCAGGGCAAAGACAAAUUAGGGCACCAGGCAAGUUACAAAGUUUACUUCAAAUGACACAUAAAAAAUUAGUCCAUAAUUUUAUAUAUCUUUUAACUUUUCCGAAUUGCCUCUCUCUUCAAUUUGAAAUUCAAGAUAAUUUGCAAAGUUUAACAAUAUAAAAUGAAUACUAUUUCUGUUUUAGUUAAAAUUAAAGACAUGUUAGCACUAAAUUUGAAAUUUGUGUAAUCUGAAAGAUACAGAUAAUGAAGAAAAAAUUCUAUACAAAUGACAACAUUAAAAAUUAAUAAAAUACUUAGUUUCACUGAAAAAAUAGGUUUGAUAAAACAUGCUAUAAAAAUUAAUAUUUAAAAAAAAUGUUUAAUCUUGUAUACAUUUUAAAUAUAUAUUUCAGAUAAAUUCCAUAAAUUAGAGUCACAUAAUGGUCACAAAAGAAAUGUGACUGCUGAAGAAAGCUACAGCCAAGAACAUGUGAGCGGACACCAUGGCAUCAUACCACAUCAAAUUAGUAUUGUUCCUGGAAGUAUAUCUUAUCAUGCAAGUGCAGACCAAAUGAGGAAAUCAGUUCAUUCAAAAGGCGUCCAUUGUCAAGAUCAGUCACUUUGUGGCCAUAAUUAUGCUCAUGUUGAUGAAAGUGGGACCUUACACAAGGGAACCAAUACAGAAAGGGAGUUAGAAAUCCAAAGAACAAAAUAUGAGAUAGAAAAUAUACAACAAAAAUACAUUUAUCAGAGAACAGAUACUGAAAGCAAGGCAAAAGAUUGUAAGUGUUCGGGGAAUGAACCAGGCUGUAUUAGAGUUACACAAAAGCUUGAUAAAGAGAAUAAAAGGAUUGUUUCAAAUAAUUAUAUUGAUGAACAAGGUGCUCCCCAAACUAUGUGCAGCAAUGCUCAAGGCAGUGCUCACAAUUUUAAAUGUGAUACUUCACCCAUUAAACCAGAUGCUUUAGGCAAUGGCCGAAGAAAUUUGCCCAGUGAAAAUGUUGAGCAUUUAAAGAAAACAAAAAAAUAUUUAGUUAUAAAUUCCUCUAACAAAAUUGAUAGUCAUCAGACUGAGACAGGUGCAAAUACAGAUGUCAAAAAUGACACACAUGUAACUGAGACAGUUACAAAUACUGAUUUCAAAAUUGACACACAUGUAACUGAGACAGGUACAAAUACUAAUUUCAAAAUCGACACACAGGUAACUGAGACAGGUACAAAUACUGAUUUCAAAAUUGACACACAGGUAGUUGAGACAGGUACAAAUACUGAUGUCAAAAUUGACACACAGGUAACUGAGACAGGUACAAAUACUGAUUCCGAAAUUGACACACAGGUAACUGAGACAGGUACAAAUACAAAUUUCAAAAGUGACACACAGGUAACUGAGACAGGUAUAUAUACAGAUAUCAAAAUUGACACAAAGGUAACUGAGACAGGUCUAUAUACAGAUAUCAAAAUUGACACAAAGGUAACUGAGAAAGGUACAAAUACAAAUGUCAAAAUUAACAAACAGGUGACUGAGACAGGUACACAUACAGAUGUCAAAACUGACGAUCACGAAUCUAAGACAUGUAUACAUAGAGAUCCGUUGUGCAAUCGUUUUCAAAUUUGCAGAACUAAUAAAACAAAUGAUUUACGUGCCGGUGCUUGUCAACAAAGAUAUUAUUCCAAGCUAAGUGCAACCAACCACUCCAAUUAUCAAGGUCAAGGUCAAGAUGACCAGCUUGAAGGAAGUAAAGAUCAAGCUGAUAAAGGAAACGGCCCAGAUAAGGAUGAAGGUCAAGAGGGUAAUGGGCAAAUGAAGUUUCCAAAUUCUAAACCUACUAAAGAAAACAGUCCAACUUAUAUCAUUGAUUCAAACAAUCCAUCGGAUAGAAUUGAUCCAAGCAAUCCAUCGGAUAGAAUUGAUCCAAACAAUCCAUCGGAUAGAAUUGAUCCAAACAAUCCAUCGGAUAGAAUUGAUCCAAACAAUCCAACAGAUAAGAUUGAUUCUAACACUAACAAUAAGGGACUAAAGAAUUCAUUUAAUUGUAGCAAUGACAGAUAUGAUGAUACUGAACAUGAAAUUGCUAACGUAACAAAUAAUACUGGCUGCCAGAUAGUAGCCAAAAUCAAUGAGAGAGACAAAAAUUUUUAUGACCAAUCUGAUGGAACACGAAAUGACAUUAAAGUUAAAUAUGUUCCUGAUUCAACCAAUGUAACAAAUGAGACUGACCAAACUGAUUUAGAAGAUGGAAGAGUCCCGACCAAUCUAACUGUUUUUAUUCGCCCAAAUAAUUUAACAGAUGGGACCGUCUUGACUAAAGUAACAGAUGGGACUGUCUUGACCAAUCUAACAGAUGGGACGGAUCCGACCAAUGUAACAGAUGGGACUGAUCCGAACAAUGUAACAGAUGGGACUGAUCCGACCAAUGUAACAGGUGGGACUGAUCCGACCAAAGUAACAGAUGGGACUGAACCAAGCAAUGUAAGAGGUGGGACUGAAACAAGCAAUGUAACAGAUGGGACUGAUCCGACAAAUGUAACAGAUGGGACAGAUCCGAUCAAUGUAAUAGAUGGGACUGAUCCGACCAAUGUAACAGAUGGGACUGAUCCGACCAAAGUAACAGAUGGGACUGAUCCGACCAAUGUAAGAGAUGGGACUGAUCCGACCAAAGUAACAGAUGGGACUGAUCCGACCAAAGUAACAGAUGGGACUGAUCCGACGAAAGUAACAGAUGGGACUGAUCCGACCAAAGUAACAGAUGGGACUGAUCCGACCAAAGUAACAGAUGGGACUGAUCCGACCAAAGUAACAGAUGGGACUGAUCCGACCAAAGUAACAGAUGGGACUGAUCCGACUAAAGUAACAGAUGGGACUGAUCCGACCAAAGUAACAGAUGGAACUGAUCCGACCAAAGUAACAGAUGGGACUGAUCCGACCAAAGUAACAGAUGGGACUGAACCGACCAAAGUAACAGAUGGAACUGAUCCGACCAAAGUAACAGAUGGGACUGAUCCGACCAAUGUAACAGAUGGGACUGAUCCGACCAAAGCAACAGAUGGGACUGAUCCGACCAAAGUAAAAGAUAGGACUGAACCAAGCAAUGUAACAGAUGAGACUGAUCCGACCAAAGUAACAGAUAGGACGGAACCAAGCAAUGUAACAGAUGGGACUGAUCUGACCAAUGUAACAGAUGGGACUGAUCCGAUCAAUGUAACAGAUGGGACUGAACCAACCAAUGUAACAGAUGGGACUGAUCAGACCAAUUUAAGAGAUUGGACUGAUCCGACCAAAGUAACAGAUGGGACUGAUCCGACCAAAGUAACAGAUGGUACUGUUCCGACCAAAACAACAGAUGGGACUGAUCCGACCAAUGUAGCAGAUGGGACUGGUCCGACCAAUGUAACAGAUGGGACUGAACCGACCAAUGUAACAGAUGGGACUGAUCCGACCAAUGUAACAGAUGGGACUGAUCCGACGAAAGUAACAGUUGGGACUGAACCAAGCAAUGUAACAGAUGGGACUGAACCAAGCAAAGUAACAUAUAGUACUGAACAAAGCAAUGUAACAGAUGGAACAGAUCCGACUAAAGUAACAGAAGUGACUGAUCCGACCAAAGUAACAGAUGGGACUGAUCCGACCAAAGUAACAGAUGGGACUGAUCCGACUAAAGUAACAGAUGGGACUGAUCCGACCAAAGUAACAGAUGGAACUGAUCCGACCAAAGUAACAGAUGGGACUGAUCCGACCAAAGUAACAGAUGGGACUGAUCCGACCAAAGUAACAGAUGGGACUGAUCCGACCAAAGUAACAGAUGGGACUGAUCCGACCAAAGUAACAGAUGGGACUGAUCCGACCAAAGUAACAGAUGGGACUGAUCCGACCAAAGUAACAGAUGGGACUGAUCCGACCAAAGUAACAGAUGGGACUGAUCCGACCAAAGUAACAGAUGGGACUGAUCCGACCAAAGUAACAGAUGGGACUGAUCCGACCAAAGUAACAGAUGGGACUGAUCCGACCAAAGUAACAGAUGGGACUGAUCCGACCAAAGUAACAGAUGGGACUGAUCCGACCAAAGUAACAGAUGGGACUGAUCCGACCAAAGUAACAGAUGGGACUGAUCCGACCAAAGUAACAGAUGGGACUGAUCCGACCAAAGUAACAGAUGGGACUGAUCCGACCAAAGUAACAGAUGGGACUGAUCCGACCAAAGUAACAGAUGGGACUGAUCCGACCAAAGUAACAGAUGGGACUGAUCCGACCAAAGUAACAGAUGGGACUGAUCCGACCAAAGUAACAGAUGGGACUGAUCCGACCAAAGUAACAGAUGGGACUGAUCCGACCAAAGUAACAGAUGGGACUGAUCCGACCAAAGUAACAGAUGGGACUGAUCCGACCAAAGUAACAGAUGGGACUGAUCCGACCAAAGUAACAGAUGGGACUGAUCCGACCAAAGUAACAGAUGGGAUUGAUCCGACCAAAGUAACAGAUGGGACUGAUCCGACCAAAGUAACAGAUGGAACUGAUCUGACCAAAGUAAAUGAUGGGAUUGAUCCGACCAAAGUAACAGAUUGGAUUGAUCCUACCAAAGUAACAGAUGGGACUGAUCCGACCAAAGUAACAGAUGGGACUGAUCCGACCAAUGUAACAGAUGGGACUGAUCCGACCAAAGUAACAGAUGGGAUUGAUCCGACCAAAAUAACAGAUGGGACUGAUCCGACGAAAGUAACAGAUGGGACUGAUCCGACCAAAGUAACAGAUGGGAUUGAUCCGACCAAAGUCACAUAUGGGACUGAUUCGACCAAAGUAACAGAUGGGACUGAUCCGACCAAAGUAAAAGAUAUGACUGAACCAAGCAAUGUAACAAAUGUUAUAGAACAAAGCAAUGUAACACAUGGGACUGAUCCAACAAAUGUAACAGAUCGGACUGAACCAAGCAAUGUAAAAGAUGGGACUGAACAAAGCAAUGUAACAAAUGUUAUAGAACAAAGCAAUGUAACACAUGGGACUGAUCCAACAAAUGUAACAGAUCGGACUGAACCAAGCUAUGCAACAGAUUUGACGGAUCCGAACAAAGUAACAGAUGGGACUGAUCUGACUAAAGUAACAGAUGGGACUCAACCAAGCAAAGUAACAGAUAGUACUGAACAAAGCAAUGUAACAGAUUGGACAGAUCCGACCAAAGUAACAGAAUGGCCUGAUCCGACCAAAGUAACAGAUGGGACUGAACAGACCAAUGUAACAGAUGGUACUGAACAAAGAAAUGUAACAAAUGGUACUGAACAAAGCAAUGUAACAGAUGGGACUGAUCCGACUAAAGUAACAGAUGGGACUGAUCUGACCAAUAUAACAGAUGGGAUUGAUCCGACCAAUGUAACUGAUUGGACUGAUCCGACCAAAGUAACAGAUGGGACUGAUCUGACCAAUGUAACAGAUGGGAUUGAUCCGACCAAUGUAACUGAUUGGACUGAUCCGAUCAAAGGAACAGAUGGCAGUGAACCAAGCAAUGUAACAAAUUGGACUGAACCAUGUAAUGCAACAGAUGGGACUGAUCCGACCAAAGUAACACAUGGGACUGAUCUGACCAAUGUAACAGAUGGGAUUGAUCCGACCAAAGGAACAUAUGUGAUUGAUCCGAACAAAGUAACAGAUGGGACUGAAACAAGCAAUGUAACAGAUGGUACUGAACAAAGCAAUGUAACACAUGGGACUGAUCCGACCAAAAAAACAGAUGGGACUGAUCCGACCAAUGUAACAGAUGGGACUGAUCCGACCAAAAAAACAGAUGGGACUGAUCCGACCAAUGUAACAGAAGGGGCUGGUCCGACCAAUGUAACAGACGGGACUGAUCCGACCAAAAAAACAGAUGGGACUGAUCCGACCAAUGUAACAGAAGUGUCUGAUCCGACCAAAGUAACAGAUGGGACUGAUCCGACCAAAGUAACAGAUGGGACUGAUCCGACCAAAGUAACAGAUGGGACUGAUCCGACCAAAGUAACAGACGGGACUGAUCCGACCAAAGUAACAGAUGGGACUGAUCCGACCAAAGUAACAGAUGGGACUGAUCCGACCAAAGUAACAGAUGGGACUGAUCCGACCAAAGUAACAGAUGGGACUGAUCCGACCAAAGUAACAGAUGGGACUGAUCCGACCAAAGUAACAGAUGGGACUGAUCCGACCAAAGUAACAGAUGGGACUGAUCCGACCAAAGUAACAGAUGGGACUGAUCCGACCAAAGUAACAGAUGGGACUGAACCAAGCAAUGUAAUAGAUGGGACUGAACCAACCAAUGUAACAGUUGGUACUGAUCAAAGCAAUGUAACAGAUUGGACUGAUCCGACCAAAGUAACAGAUGGGACUGAUCCGACCAAAGUAACAUAUGGGAAUGAUCCGACCAAAGUAACAGAUGGGACUGACCCGACCUAUGUUAAGGAUGGGACUGAUCCGACAAAUGUAACAUAUGGGACUGAUCCGAUUAAAUUUACAUAUGGGACUUAUCCAACCAAUGUAACAGAUGGGACUGAACCAAGCAAUGCAACAGAUGGGACUGAUCCGACCAAAGUAACAGAUGGGAAUGAUCCGACCAAUGUAACAGAUGGGACUGAUUUGACCAAAGUAACAGAUGGGACUGAUCCGACCAAAGAAACAGAUGGGACUGAUCUGACCAAUGUAACAGAUGGGACUGAUCCGACCAAAUUAACAGAUGGGACUGAUCCAACGAAAUUAACAGAUGGGAUUGAACCAAGCAAUAUAACAGAUGGUACUUUAAAAAGCAAUGUAACACAUGGGACUUAUCCGACCAAAGUAACAGAAGGGACUGAUCCGACCAAUGUUACAUAUGGGACUGAUCCAACCAAUGUGACAAAUGGGACUGAACCAAGCAAUGCAACAGAUGGGACUGAUAUAAGGAAUGGCGCAGACUCAACCAGUGCAACAGUCGAUACUGACCCAAUUAAUGUAACAGAUUUGUGUGGCCCAACUCAUUUAACAAAUGAGACUUACCCAACCAAUGUAAAAAAAGAAAACAGCUCUACUAAAGUUAGUCCUAAACGGCGGGUCAAGUGGUCAAGAGAUUUUUAUCUCAAUAGUUUUUAAGCCUAUGAAAUAAUAUAGUAAAUUACCCUCAACUUUUUCGAUUUUUAAAAAAAAAUUUUUUUUAAUGUAAAGAAAUAUAGAAUAUUUCGUCACUUCGCGGGCCGCCAAAUAGGUGCUCUCGGGCCACAUGCUGCCCGCGGGCCGUAUGUUGUGCAGGCCUGAGUUAAAGGAUUUAUUAAUAUGUCUUUUAUAACAUAAGUAAUUUUCAAAUAAAAUGUAGAUUUUCAAUAGAUUUUCUUUUUAACAAAAAAAAAAAUAACAACGUGUCAACCCUAGACCUAUGUGAUGUUUCGAUUCUAGAAAUGUAAGUGCAAAUAAAUUUAAUCAUUCCACGCCAACAUGUUUUCUUAACUUCUGUCAAAUUUUCAUUGACUUUUUUUUUUAAUGUUGGGGCUUGAUGUAUCUAAUUAAACAGUGGUUAUAAUUUUUAGGGCUAUGCUGCGAACCAGUUUGAUAAAACUAAUAAUUCUUGUAGAUCACCUGUCAGUGUGGUAAGUCUGGUAACAUGUCUGCCGGUCACUGUCGUCAAUCGUAUAGUAGGGAGACAGAACCUAUCAUAACAGAAAGUCUAGAAAUUUAAUCGCCAAAAGUGUUUCUUUCACGUUACCCCGUGGAGGGUGGGGGGGGGCAUUUCAGAUUUGCUGGCGAAGGGCAGCGCCAUUCGCCAGAUGCGUAGCUGAGGGGAUGGGCAGAGGGCAGCUUUCCUAAGGCGCCAGAGUAGCGGGUGUGCCAGAAAUCGGCUAAGAAAUUUAAUCGCCAAAAGUGUUUCUUUCACGUUACCCCGUGGAGGGUGGGGGGGGGGCAUUUCAGAUUUGCUGGCGAAGGGCAGCGCCAUUUGCCAGAUGCGUAGCUGAGGGGAUGGGCAGAGGGCAGCUUUCCUAAGGCGCCAGAGUAGCGGGUGUGCCAGAAAUCGGCUUUGGUGGUUUAAAUCGAAAAAAAAAAAUAUUUGGUUGAUGGGUGGGGGGAGAGCGUAAACAUAAAUAUUGUCCCCUUGUGCAAAAACUCUAGUUACACCUCUACCAGAGGCAAAGAAACAUGGUGGUCAGGUCUCCCUGCUUAAUUAUAUGGAAGGGCAGCAUUUUCGGAUAACUGCAGAGUUUUUACUGUGAAAGGGAGUGCGGAAGCAGGGUCCGUGGAGUCACCUCCCCAGAAAGUUUUAGUUUAUUUGUAAAUCAAGAGGUGCAUUUUCGAUUUUACCUGAAUUCAGCGUUUCUAUUGCUCGGGGGAAGGAAUUUUUUAAACGUCGCCCGGGGGGUGGGGGGCAUGAUGGUGGCCAGUUCCAUACAUAAAGUGAAUUUACUCCAGUUGUAGCGCGCCCCAGAGUAAUCAUUUGGUGAACCCUUAGAUUCAACCCCCAUAGUCUCACAUAGAUCAGCUUGAGGAAAAUUGAGGACGUCAAAUACUCUCGUGCAAAUUCAAAAUCCAGUAAUGCAUUUUGGUGCAUAUUUAAAUUCUGUGUUAAUUCAGGGGAUUUUUCAGGGGGCAUUUCAGACUUUUGUUUGAGAAGCGUCCAACUCUGCCAUUUAAGGGUAUGCUAUUUUACCUAAGUUAUUCUCGUACCUUAAAAUUGUAUAGAACUCAGAAACGCUUUGAUAAAUUCAAAAUGCAAGAUUGCAUUUUUAAAGAAUAUACCCGAAUUUAGUUUUGCAACAUUCUACACUUAUUGGGAGAGCAACGGAAGAGAUGCUUAGAAAAAUAACGUAUAUGUCAUUUAACCUCAGAGCUUUCGUGUUCGCCCUGCAAUCCCUACGGCUGCAUGGGACCCUGGAUAUUUAAGAACUUUUAAAAAUUAUCAACUUUGAAUGCAAAGUGGGGGGGGGGGGACAAAAACCAAAAAGUGGCAGUGAACGUCAGCUGCAACUGCUUGUGUUACAUAUUUUUAAAAACAUAGUACUAAAUAAUAAUAAUAAUAAUAAGUCUUAUAUAGCGCGGUACCCCAGCCUAGGGCUGGGCUCCCCGCGCUGUACAUAGAAAUUUUAUCAAAAGAGACAUACAUAUAUGAAAUAAAGUACAGCAAUGUAUAUUCACCCACCCCACCACAUAACUUUUACAAGGCCAAUCAAUGGACGGCAACCAGCAAGAUCAUUUAUCAUUUAUAAAUAGCAAUGUGGCGUUGAAUUUUAUUCAUUCUUGUUUUGGGCUUAGCUUUGUGAGCAUCAUUUUACACGGUGAACGCAAAUAUAAUCAUAUAUAAAUAUACAUUAAAAAAAAAUGAAUGUUUGUUUUGUUUCUUGUGGCUGGAUUUGUUCCACAUACGUUUUUAUAUUGGAUUGAUGGAUCUUGGUCAAACUUGGCACAUGUAUCCAUAAUUAUCCGGAAGGAACUCUUAAAGGGUUAUGAACUUUUUAUAACAUUCUGUUUGGGACCGGGGGGCCCUGAAUUUUUUCCCUUAUAUGAGCUAUUUAAAAAAAAAUUGACAACAAAUACCUCCUACACGAAUAGAUGGAUCUUGACCAAACUUCGUACACAUUUAUUUGAUUAUUAAUAUUCAAGUACCGAAAGUGUUCUGAACUGAACUAUACUAUAUAUUAAAACAAAAUAAUGCGUUCAAAAAUUAAUUUGAAGCAAAAUUUUAACGUAAAAACUGAAGAAAAAAGAGAUUCGACCAAAUUUCGAUAUAGGCCUAGCGUUGUAGCAAUAUCCUUCAUUGUCCGUAUUGAGAUAUCGGUGGAUUUAAAACGAUAAUAUCCAUUCUAGAAUUUUCCAGAAAGUUAGAUAAUUUUAAACAUCUAGACUAUAGCUAUGGUAUUUUUUUAAGUAGAUUAUAAUAGGACAAAUUUUAAAUUUCAACUCAAUUAUUUAUCCGUCUAAUAUUGAUAGGGCCCUCUAUCUCAGCCAUAACUAAAUCGGCACAGUUAUAGAGUGGACCCCCCGGGGCCCCUUAAUUAAUUAAAAGAAAAAGGAUUAUAAUUAUAGCAUUUUAAAGAGUUUUUCAAGAUAUUGAAAAUUUUUAUCGUAUUUAAAAAAUAAUUAGAAAAGUAGUUUUUAAACAUGUUACGAGCAGUUUAUUAAAUUUAAUCUAGAAUAUUCCAGAAAAUUCUAAAUUGUUACAAGGGGAUAUAUUGUGGGAUCUAAGGGAAUAUUGAAAUGUUAGUUAGUUCUAUUCAUUUCUAUACUGUCCCGUAGUUUACUGUUCUCUCAGUACCGUACUAAUGAGAAUUCUUGUUUUUAAAAUUCGGGAUAGAAACAAAAAGGGUCGGGAACCCAUCAUAAUCUUUAUCCCAUUCGGAUCAGGAACCCACCGGAAAGCGGGAUCCCACCAGGAUCAGGAUCACAACCUUGAAAAUAUCCACCGGGAUCGGGCUCGCAUCGGGAAACGGGACUGCGUCGGGAUCGAUGUCAGCAUGGGAUUGGGGUCCCAAUGGGACCGGGGUCCCACCAGGAUAAGGUCCUAAUGCAAUCCCGGGCCACGACGGGUAUAUCGGCUAGUAUAUAUAUAAAAACUUACUUGUAAUAGACACUUUUUGUAAAUAUUUUAAAGUAUAUAUUUUUAGAGUAAAAAAGACUGCACUCAAUUGUUUCACCAAUUUGAGUUAUUUUUUGGGGGUAGUUCUGAGGGAAAAGGAAUGUGUCAUAAACUUGGCAAACAAUCUCAAAUCGAAACACUAAUCCAGUGGUUCUGAAACUUUUUUUCGCCCACCACCCCCUUAGCUUCAUAAACCCACCAUUAGCACCACCCUUGUGCUACACCCAUCACCAAAUAAUUAUUGUUGGUUGUCGUUUUUUUAAAAUUCAGCAUAAUGAUUAAAACAUCUCAGCAAAGAAAAUAACAACGCAAUACAGCCAAAAAGACUUGUGUUUGGUUUUAAAGGUUUAAUUAUAAUUUUUGAAAUCGUAAUUGAUUGUUGAUUAAUUUGACCCAUCAAUUAUACAGCUUUUUACUAAAGCAGGAAUACGAUUAGGCAUUUGGUAUUUGUAAUAACUAACACCUGCGUUGGCCAGUUUUGCCUGCUGCAUGUUUUAGAUGGGCUUGGUCUAGUGAUGCUAAUUGUUUAAUGUGAGUUUGAAGUUAACUCUACAACACUCUUAAAUCAACACUUUCAGAAAUAUUGCAUUUCUUAAUAAAUUCUUUGGCUUAAGUGUAGCAAUACAUUGAUUUUUAACAACUUCCCAAUGUUCAUAAUAAUGACAUAAAAUUCGCUUCUGAAGCCGAAACUCUAAAAGUACGUUUCUUUAAACUCUGACUUCAUCUUUGAAUUGGUUGUUCUUAAAAAAAAAAACCAACAAAAUGGAUCUGCUGUUGAAAAGGAUUUGUCACCCAAUGAAAUUAAACUAAAAAAGAUUUUAAACUCGUUCAGACAUGGUAAAUAUUCAAAUAGUCACAAGAUAAAUAUGCCUCAGCGUUAUUAGAGGGUACACACACGCUUACAGUGUGUUGACACCAAAUAGAAAUUGUAAAUUAAUUGAUAACGUGACAAGGUGUUGACACAAAAUGAACAAUUAAAACUCUAAUAGAGUUUGCUCAAGUCCAUAUUAGAACAUAUCUCAUUUAAAUACAUAAUCAGGGUGCCACGAGAUUAGGGUGCCACAAACUCUGGCUGUAGCCAUAGCAAGUUGCUACCUGAUCAAGGAGUCAUCGCAUAAAGGAAGUAGCCAUAAGAACAUGGUGUCAUUAUUGCAGUUUGUCAGCAAAACAAGGUGUCAUCACAUAGAGGAGGUAGCCAUAAGAAAAACGUUUGACCAAUAGCACUUUGACACCAAACAUGGGGUUAUCAGAUGGAGUAGUUAUCAAGAUCAACAGGGUGUCAUCAAAGCAGUAAGCCACCAGAACAGGGUGUCAUAGCAGAUUGCCACCAGAACAGGGUGUUAUCGCUGCAGAUUGCCACCAGAACAGGAUGUCAUCAUAGCAGAUUUGCACCAGAACAGGGUGUCAUCAUAACAGAAUGCCACCAGAACAGGGUGUCGUUAUAGGAGAUUGGCACCAGAACAGGGUGUCAUCAUAGGAGAUUGGCCCCAGAACAGGGUGUCAUCACAGCAGUUUGCCACCAGAACAGGGUGUCAAUGAUGCAGUUUGCCACCUGAACAGAAUGUCAUCGCUGCAGUUUGCCACCAGAACAGGGUGUCAUCAUAGCAGAAUGCCACCAGAACAGGAUGUCAUCAUAGCAGAUUGACAUCAGAACAGGGUGUAAUCAUAGCAGAUUGCCACUUGAAUAGGGUGUCAUCAGUGCAGUUUGCCACCAGAACAGGGUGUCAUCGAUGCAGUUUGCCACCUGAACAGGGUGUCAUCGCUGCACUUUGCCACCAGAACAGGAUGUCAUCAUUGCAGAUCAUCACCAGAACAGACUUUCAUCCGUGCAAUUUGCCACCAGAACAGGGUGUCAUCAUAGCAGAAUGCCACCAGAACAGGGUGUCAUUAUAGCAGAUUGCCACCAGAACAGGGUGUCAUCAUAGCAGAUUGCCACCAGAACAGACUGUCAUCGGUGCAGUUUGCCACCAGAACAGGGUUUCAUCACAGCUGUUCGCCACCAGAACAGGGUGUCAUCACAGCAGUUCGCCACCAGAAGAGGAUGUCAUCACUGCAGAUCAUCCCUAGAACAGACUUUCAUCCGUGCAAUUUGCCACCAGGACAGGGUGUCAUCAUAGCAGAAUGCCACCAGAACAGGUUGUCAUCAUAGCAGAAUGCCACCAGAACAGGGUGUCAUCAUAGCAGAAUGCCACCAGAACAGGGUGUCAUCAUAGCAGAUUUGCACCAGAACAGGGUGUGAUCAUAGAGGAAUGUCACUAUAAUAGGGUGUCAUCAUAGCAGAAUGCCACCAGAACAGGAUGUCAUCAUAGCAGAUUUGCACCAGAACAGGGUGUCAUCAUAGCAGAAUGCCACCAGAACAGGGUGUCGUUAUAGGAGAUUGGCACCAGAACAGGGUGUCAUCAUAGGAGAUUGGCCCCAGAACAGGGUGUCAUCACAGCAGUAUGCCACCAGAACAGACUGUCAUCGGUGCAGUUUGCCACCAGAACAGGGUGUCAUCACAGCAGAUUGCCACCAGAACAGGGUGUGAUCAGAAAGAGGAGUUUGCCACAAGAACACUGUUUCAAGAGACAGAGCAGGAUGCAAUUAAAGGGAAUGAGUGAAGCAAAAUAUGGUAGCAGCUGGUGGAAAAAAGAACACAGCAAAACAACAGUGAAAACGGAAAUAAGUAAAAGUAACGCUGAGCUAUAACGUGACAUCCGAGAGGGCAGCAUGAGGAAUGUGCCACCACAGUAGGCUGCAAAUCAGAAAAUGUAGGCACCAGACCAGUGUGUCAACAGUGCAGACAGACUUAGUGAGGUCCUUAAGAAUGUCUAAAAGGGGUUGGUUGUCACAUUCAGUUUACAUUUGGGUACGUUUUAAGGGGGGGGGGGGCGGGGGGGUUUGAGGUCCGUCGGGGGGGACUUCUUUUUUUCCUUUUUGUGGAGUUCGGGCAUUUUCUGCCAAAGGUUGUCUAAUUCAGUUUACAGUUGGGUACGUUUUAAGGGGGGGGGGGGGCAGUGAGGUUUGAGGUCCGUCAGGGGUGACUUCUUUUUUUACUUUAUGUGGAGUUCGGGCAUUUUCUGCCAACUGCAGUGUUUCCUCGUGGAAGGGGUCGGCAAAAACCUUGUCCUUCCACGGGUACCACUAGCCCCGCAGUAAGUAGCGUCAUUGAUUUUAUCGUCUUGUUACAGGUUUUUCCUGUAGGUCAGACGUACUCGGUUAUUGGCAAACAUCGAUUUUGAGCGUUAGAUCGAUAUAAAGUAGAGUUUAUUAUUUGGUUUAAUUGUAAUUAGCCCCCCCCCCUCCUUUUUCCAGCAAAAUUAAAUUUAUUUCAAUGAAAUCUGCAAAUAUUUCUCGCAGAACAUAAGAAGUGUCUGAUGACUUAGGAUCAGAACUUUGGCGUAGGAAGGAGAGUGCAGAGGACAAUUUGCAACGGGCAGCACUUUUUUCUUAUUUGAUUGGAAGGCAUUUUAUAUUAUUUAUAAAGGCGUACUAAUUUAAAACAAAAGGCUUUUACAUUGGUCAUUGCUCAUUGAAUGCAACUACGACUAAUGCCAAAGCCUCGUGAAGUGGUUACCUGUCUUUGGACCACCAUUUUGACGAGCACAGCCUUAUGAUUACGAUUUUUCAGACCACUAACACUAAAAAACGAGAAUUAAACCCGGCUUGAAGCAUAACCGGUUCAUGUUGCAGCAGGUAACACGACGCUAAAUCAAUGGUUCCCGGGGGGCAACCCGCCCCCUUUUCCCCUACCCGCGCUAGGACGCCACUGAUACGUUAAGGUCAUUUGCCUUUUUACGACGUACAAUAAAACGUAUUGUCGCGCAGGUUCUUAUUUCCAAGAAAUCAACUUUUGACAUCUGACGAACUACUUUCAGUUUUGAUUUGCUCAGAUAUAUAAACUGGAUAGCAUUUUGGAAUGCUGUCUCAUUACUCGAUCAGAUUGUUAAAAUCACUGCCAAGACACAGACACAGGUCGUUUGUUGUUUGUCUGUGCUAAAUUAUUGCUAUUAUUAUAUUAUUGGUAAUUUCAAUGGCUUUUAUUCUUAUACUUGUGUGAUUCGUGUGUGCAGGAUAAGCAAAGAAAAAAUAAUAAAUAAGUAAAUCAGUGAAUAUUUUGUUGUAGAUUAUAUUAGUUGGAAGACCAUCGCUAGAUUUUUUUCCUAUACACUGUAUUUAAAGCUUUAAGAUCGUUUUAUUUUAUAUUAAUAUCGAUUAUAGGUCAAGUUUUCAAGUUUGGAAAUGAGUAGCAACUUUGACCAGAUAUCAAUUGUCUUGUCAGUGACGGAUCUGAAGUAGGCAAAGUGACGUGGAAGGGCUCUAUGGAAUAUUCAUUGCAAAUUUAAUUUCACUAUCGCUUUCUUUUCCCCUGUCUCUUUCUCCGUCUCUUACCCACUCUCUCUGACUUUUGUCUCUCUUUCUCUUAAUUUGUAUCUUUCAGUGCCUCUUCCUCUCUCAUUCUCUCUCUCCCUAUCCCCUCUCCCUCUCUCAUCAUUCUUUCUAUAAAUUUUUAUAAAGACAUUAUUAGUUGUUUAACACUGACUCCCACUUCCACGGGCAGGUUUACAUAUUGUUAUGUUGGACGUGUUUAAUUUCUCAGUGCCUUGAACUCUUGUUGACCCCCGUGCUGCCAAUAUAGCAGACACCGCGUUCAUAGAUUGGCGUGGCUUGGUCCUUUGAUCUGUCACGUUUACUGCCGACUACCAAUUAAACAGGGUUAGUUUGUCUCCCAGUAUCUUUUGGAACGUUCUCGAUUUGACGAAAAACGUAAACAAUGUCAAAGGCAUUUCUGGACGCGUCGGUAGACCCACUAUAUAAAUAAGGGGUUUCAGAGAUUGAUGGAGAAUCAGAUAAAUAUUUUCAACUUUACGAGACAAGUGUAUUAUUCUUUGUCUACUCAUAUGUGUUUAUUCGCAUCCAUCAUUUUUAAUUGGCACGUUGUACUAAUUGUGUACCGGUACAAGAUCUACCAUACUCUAUAAGUUGAUGAUUUGUAAUUAUAUUUCUUUUGUUUUUAAUUACAUUAAUACUUAAAUAAAUCUUAUUAAUUGUAAUUAGCAACUGUUUUAGGUGUCGUAUUUUUUGCUAUGGUAUCGUCAUUUGUUGUGCACUGUUUGAACAAGCCAUAACUUAAAACAAGAGAUUAAUUUCUAGCAAUAGAAGCCAGUGCGUAACGAUAUAUAAAGAAUUUAUUUUGUUUCAUUUUCCUAUAGACACACCUUCUAAAAUUGGCUUCCCUUAAUACAUCAGUAACUAUAUCUACACCAUACGUAAUAUAUACAUUGAAUGUAGCUAGAAAAUUACAUACAUCACUGAAUGUAUCUACACUGCAUAUUAUAUUACUGAUUAUAUCUACACUAUAAUAUAUAUUACUGAAUAUAUCUAAACUAUAAUAUAUACAUCACUGACUAUAUCUAUACUAUAAACUUCACAUACUAAAUAUACACCACACACUCCACUGACAAAAUCUACACCUCAUACUUCACUGAAUGUAUCUAUAGUACAUACUUAACUCACUAAAUCUACACUACAUACUUCACUGACAAAAUCUACACUACACACUUCACUGACAAAAUCUACACUACACACUUCACUGACAAAAUCUACACUACACACUUCACUGACAAAAUCUACACUACACAGUUCACUGACAAAAUCUACACUACACACUUCACUGACAAAAUCUACCCCACAUUAAAUGAUUGCAGUGAAAAAAAUUGAUAAUGACGAGAGUUCACGACGUCAGACAGUAAUCUUUGUAUGUGUAAUGUGAGAACAUUUUAGUUUCAUAUUCCUUCCUGUAGACCUUGCCUUGCCAUCGUUAUUUCUCUCACCCUUCCCCUCACACGUACACACGUACGCACCCACCCACACGCACGCACACACACACACACACGCACACACACACACACAUACACGCAAACACGCACCCACCCACAUGCACACACACACACACACAUGCAGCCACCCACCAAUCAUCUCUUCUUUCAUUACACGAAUACUCAAAUAUAUUCAUUGCUAGAUAAUACAUUUGGUUUUUUCAUUUCAUUGAUACUAGAAGGGUUUGAGAAGUUUCCACAUAUCCAAGCUGAAUAUCGACGUUUGGCAGUUCUCCAAAUCGUAUAUUGUUGAAUUUAUUGAUUUAAGUUUUGCAAAUACGACUGAGUGGAAAAUCCAGGGGGUGGGCAUAGUGUCAUUGAUUAAAAAAAAAUAAAAAAUUAAGAACUGUAACUGACAGUUAGUGAGUAAAAUGAAUCCUUCUGGAUUUAAUUUAAAACGGUUGUCACUGUUGAGUAUAAAAUAUAAUAUAUAUUUUGUGAGCGUUUUUUUUUUUUGCUACGUCUUGGUGUGUGUGAUGUUUGUGUUGCGUCUAUUGCUCUUCUAUAUUUUAAGGGCCUACGAUCAGUGUGGUGUUGAUCAUCCUGGCGCCUAUGUUUCAGAGGGGACCGCGAUGUAAUUGUGCAUUUUUAAGAAGGCAACACUUCACUGGCUGCAAGGGCCAUUACUCUUAAUAGCUAGAUCCGGUUGAAUGGUCUUUGUCCAGGUCGUUGUGACGUAAAUUACGUAAUUGUGGUGACGUCAUGUUUAUUCUUAUGCAAAGGGUGGCAUCCUGUUGGAUAGGGCCGUCAGGAAAAUGUAUAGGCCCGAAAAAAGGGGGAGGGGGGUAGCGAUCGAUAAAAAAAGUUCGAAAACCACUGUUCAUCUCUAAAUUCACUGUUCACUGUAUUAUUAUACUGUAUUAUUAUACUGUAUUAUUAUACUGUAUUAUUAUACUGUAUUAUUAUACUGUAUUAUUAUACUGUAUUAUUAUACUGUAUUAUUAUACUGUAUUAUUAUACACUAUUUUUUAAAUGACUAAGAUAAUCGUACCUUUUAUAGGACAUUUAUUUUAUAAUUUUUAGCCCUUUUUUUUGAGAAAGCGUACGUUUUAAAAUAAUAUUUAUUGUUUUAUUUCACCGGGUAUAUUGGCUAGUAAACCUUAUAAUGUAAGAUAGUUAUUUAGCUAAACUUUUAAUGUGUCUAACGGGAUCACCGGACAUCUUGUCUCUAUUGAACGAUUUGGAAAGUGUUUACAAUUUUUUUUUUUGUCUGAUACAUUUUGUCUCGUACUUGUUUCUUUUCCACUCUUCAACACAGUCACCCCAAUAAGUGAAUCCCAAUAAAUAAAGUAUAUACAUUUUGAACACGUGAAAAGUUUAUUUUUUCGUCUUUACACGGACACGACUAUUUUGCGAUUUUAUUUUUGAGAUUUUAUUGAUUUCAUUAAUUUUUUGUCAGCCAUUAGCGCGAUACAUUCUUUAUAUUUCUCAAUAAGAAAUUAUAAACGUAUUUCAAUAGUUCAUGACGCAGUCACUUAAUUUGUUAAGUAAGCCUACUAUUUCAUCCUCUACACUAAACCUCUGUCAUCUCUCAUUAGCCAACACUCAGUCCAGUCAAUCCUUUGCUGAUGACACUCAAAUCAGUGACUCUUGCUUUUCUGAUCAACUUAAUGCCACAAUCCUUCGGAUGCAGGAGUGCGUAGACGACGUACAGCGUUGAAUGACUUGCAACAGACUGAAGCUAAAGGAUGAUAAAACGGAAAUCCUUCUCAUCCACUCUCAAAACAAACAUCUCCCUCCACCCACUCCUUCUUCUAUAUUUAUCGGCAACUCUGACAUCACACUCUCUUCUUCUGCCAGAAACCUUGGAGUCACGCUUACAGACACCCUCUCCAUGGACAAACAUGUCACGAACAUUUGCAGAUCAGCAUAUAACGAAAUUAGAAAAAUCAGCACCAUUAGACACCUCCUCUCCUUUGAUGCCACAAAAACUCUCGUCUCUUCACUCAUUCUUUUAAAAUUUGACUACCCUAACACUCUUUUCGCAGGCAUUCCUCAACACCACAUAGGCAAACUUCAGAAGGCACAGAACUCAGCAUGCAGACUCAUUUUUAAAUCAAAGAAACAUGACCACAUUCAACCACACAUGCAGCAACUCCAGUGGCUUCCAAUAUCCUCUCGCAUCAAGUACAAGUCUGCCAAUCUAUGCUUCAACUCUUUCACUGACCCUCACUUUCCCGACUAUCUCCCUGAGCUGUUGCUUCCUUACAUCCCCACAAGACAACUACGCUCUUCAACUGACAAUAGAACCCUCUCAAUCCCAAAAAUCAAAACUAAGACCAUCGGUGAACGAUCCUUCUACUUCCAUGCGCCCACGUUCUGGAACCAGCUCCCCUUUCAUAUCCGUCAUUGUGAAUUCUCGUCCACUUUCAAAAAGUCCCUUAAAACCCAUCUGUUUAGGUCCGCCUAUGACUUGUGAUGCACCCUCCUUGCCCUGCCUCAUUUUCUGUCUCGGGUUGAUCCUGUAUUUAAGUAUAUGCCAAAACGGCCAAGUGUACUCGUUUAAAUAGCCAUUUUAAUGUUUUAGCUACUGUUUUUAUAGUCAUUUUUCACAUUGUAGUUACUAUUCUAGUGUCUCUGGUUUUUCAUUUUUAUUUUACUUUAGCAGUUUAAAUAGUUCACAUUUGUAAAGCGCUUAGAGCUGUAAGGUAAGCGCUAUACAAAAAUGCCUAAAUAAAUACCUAUAGCUGGCCUGGUGCAAGUGCACCAAGGUUAAUUUGGCACUGCCUGUAACCUGCUUAUUUUUUAUUUAGUAAAUGUCACAAUUUAUAGAAGUGGGUAAUUUUAAAAAUAUCUGAAAUAUGAUAAUCGUAUGUGAUAUUUAAAAUGCAAUAUAAUUAUUUUUUUUUCAGAAUCUGAUGGAGCCGUAAAAGAAUUAUCCAAUCCAAUCUCCUUCAAUCACCCACUCUGGUUUUAUGUCUCGCUCAGACACCAGGAGAACUCUCUCCACUGAUAGUUGUGGUUUAAUCUCAAUGCAGGUAGGUUGCCUGGAUGCAUGUUGGAAUUAUUUGAUUUAAACUACCGAUUCUUGUUACUGGUACAUAUUUUUAUAUGACUCUUUUUAAAUUAGAUUUUCUCUAAUGACAUCGUGAAUAAAUUGAGGAAUUAUUAGAAUUGUUUGAAUAAUUGACUCAUGAAUUUGGUCAAGUACCUAAUAGAUUUUGAUAUAUUUUGUCAUUGAUUAAAUAUUGUUUGUAAAAAAAUAAAUUUUCACCAUUAAUUAAAAAUUUAUUUAUAGAAAUGUGUCAAUUCUAAAAGAGUGACAUAUUAAAAAUGAUAUUUAUUCUAAAUGAAUUGUUUUUUAGUGUUUGUACUGGGAAUUUCUUUAAAAUAAAUUAUUUGUCAAGAUAAAAUUACUCUUAAACCAUUUUCAAAUCAGCAUGCAUCAAUGGCUGAUUGUAUGUAUGGGAGUCAAGUGGUUCAUGUGAAUAGAUCUUCACCGUCUCCUGCAAAUGUAUCACAGCAAAUAAGAAAUCUACAAAUGAGCCAGCAGCAACUGGAGCGCUCAGUUGUCAUCAGGGACAAUGAACGGCAACAGAAUACAGACGAACUGAUUAAAAUUAUAACAGAAAGAAGUGACCGGAUUAUUGCUGAGAGCAAGCAGCUGCUGCAAGAAGUUCGUGAUAGCACCAGUGCAAUUAAGGAAUAUGUGGAGCAGAAUUCAGAGCUGAUCAAAGAUCUGAAGGUAAGUUUGUUUUGUCAUGUACGGGUUUGUGGGGAAUAAUUUAAACAUUGAUUAAUGAAUGGAAUUUCAAAAAAAUUUUUUAUUACAAUUAAACUUUAAAAAUUGGAAAGCCCUAUCGUCAUUAGCUGUGGGGAUGUAUUAUAUUUUUAUUAUAGGCCUAUUGUAUUGUUUAUCUCUGUUCUCUGUGUAAGAUAAUUAUUUCAGGUUAUUUUUGUAAGUUGAAUUUUUUAAACUCUUCCAUUUUUCCAGGGCUUUGUGGGAGAGAGCAAAGCUGUAAUAGUUGAAAUGCAGGUAUGAGCGGACUAAACUAUUUAUAUUAAUUUGAUUUAAAACAGAUAGAUCAUAUAUAUUGUUAGAAAGUCUGCAUUUCAAAAUCAAAAUUUUCUUACAAAAUCAUAUUUUUUUAAACAAGUGCUUAUGAUUUGAGAAAUGUUUUUAAAAAAACUGCUGGCCUCUAAAAAAUUUAAAAUAAAAAUAAUAAUUUCAGAACAAAUAUUAUGUUUCUUAAAGAUUAUUAAUACUAUAUUAGAAGUUAUCGUUCAUUUUAUUUUCUUAGAAAGAAGUAAGUAGCCUGAAACAUUUAUCAACUACCAAAAGCCCACUUCGUCAAGUUCCACUUCACCUAGGUAAUGUAGACGAAGGAAGAUCUAUGCAUUUGGGACACUUUCAUGAACCUUACAGUGGAACCAUAGGAUAUCAACAAUUGCCCAUUAACAUUUCUUCAGAUUUUCAACAGUCAGGUGUUGCUAUGACAAAAUCGCAAUUCCCCGAUACCAUGACUGGACAGUUUCAAAACACAGGCCACUACCAACAUUUGGGUAUCCCAAUGGGAGAAUACCAACAGCCAGAUAUUCCAACUCAUUACAACCAACAGUUAGAUACCGGCACCUUUACAUCCAUCCAUCAAGUGCCAGGUUUAUUUGCAGCACAAUUUCCGGCAAAUUAUGCCCUUCCAGGAAAAGAGAACACUACGCAACAGGUGGGUAUUAAUGCUUUGAUGCUUUUGAAAACCUGAGACCACCUCCUUUGUACCAGCCACAGAAAAAAAAAAGUGGGGAAGACAUUAUCAAAUUUCCUGUCUUUUUAUGUUCCUGCAUAGAUGCACUGCCGAUUUGUUUAACAAAAAUAACUGCUACCAGUCAAGCCCCACUCCUUAGAUGUGCUCUCAUCUUUUCAGUGUUACAACUUCACUUGUGAUCACAUUGUUUCCAUUAGCAAAACUUUUUCUCAAAACUAUAUGAUGUAAGAAAUGUAAAUACUAGUGUAUAUGUACUUCUUUUUUUAAAAUAAAGCAGAGACCUGGUAUCGCAAAAUGCCUACCAUUAUUUUCUCUGUAGCAUCGUUUCAUAUAUUCUAGCAUUAUAAUAUUUUAAAUAAUUUACUUAAAAACAAUCUAUAUCUACAAUGUGUCCCGAAAAAAACCCACGAAAACUCUAUUGAUAAUGAUAGGUCAGUGGAGAGCGCAUCUCCAUUAUAAUCAACGUCAAAAUCUAUCGAGAUAUAAUACAAAUCAGCAUUAGACUAACAGGUGAGAUUUGACUGAAACCGUCGCGGAGGGUCACAUUAAAGAUAUGAGAAUGGGGAAAACGCACGGGCUGUUUUAACACUACACUUUGCUUUUAUAAAGCGGGCAGCACAAUAUCGUUUUGUUGGCCGCAAAUGGGCCACGGGCUGCGAGCUUGAGACCCCUGAUUUAAGUACUCCCCGAAAAACUACAUUCAACAAAUUAAUUUCACUGAUUAAGUUCCCUCGCAUGCACAUUUACUUUAACACUGAGUGCUCACUUUCACUAAUUAAUAUUUAGCUAAAAGAAUAAACACAAUUGUUUACUGGUAAUCCUUGUCGCUGAAUAUUAACUGAAAAUUAUAAAGACAACAAUUUUCCUAAGUAAUAUUUCAUUGUCCCUGAUACCUAGACCAUGUUUCCCUUUUUCCCCUCUCAUCUCAUAUAGAAAAGAAAAUGCGCAACAUAGUUCAACAAUUAUCCAUAAUAACAUUGUUCUCCAAUACUUUUUUUAAAUGUCUCUACGAUGUAUCUAUGUCAUCGCAACCAGAAAUAUAGUAAAAGUGAGAAGAAGAGUCAAUCUCCAAAAGUACAGCAACGCAGUUUUACAGCUCCUUCAUUGCCUGGCAUCAAUAACCCAUUGCACGGAGCACAAAGCCAAGAACCAGAUACAUACACACCCAUGGUGGACAGGGCAGAGAUCCCACAGGACCUGUUAGACAAUGUGUUAGAUAAAGUAAAACAGGAAAUGAAAUCAGUAGAGAAAAAACAACAAGAACAAACAGAAAGGGAAAACGACCUUAAAGCACAAAUGGAAGAAUUCUUUAAGGCAAGUAAAGAAAUGCAAGAGAAAUUAAUAGAAGAAACAGAACAGAAGAGAACAGAGCAAAUUCAAAAGGAGCGUAAAGAACUAAUGGAACAGAAAGAAAUGUUGAUAAAAGAAAGGGAACAUGCCCAAAAAUUGGAAAGAAAGCAGAAAGAACUACAGGAGGAAUUGGUAAGAAAAAAAAUCGAGGAUAAUAUGAAAAUGGAAAAAAUGCAAAAUGAGAUAAUGCAAUUAAAAAGAAAGGAAGAAAUUCAACAGAGAGAAGAAAUAGAAAAGUUGCAACAACAACUUAAGCAAAAGAAAGAAAACCAACAAAGGGAAGAAAGCCAAGAAAAAGAAGGAAUCCAAGAAAAGGAACAAACGCAAUUGAAACUACUGGAAACAAUGCGCAGAGAACAACUGGAGCAAAAGGAAAAAUUUGAACAAGUCCGAAAAGAACUGGAACAGUUAAAAUUGAAAGAAGAAUCCAAACAGAGGAAACUAAUGGAACAAAAACAAAGGGAACUUAAACAACGGGAAGAGAUGCAACACAGGGAAGAAAUGCAACAAAGAGAGGAAAUCGAACAAAGGGAAGAAACACAAGAAAAAGAACAAGCUCAAAAGAAACAAAUGGAAACGAAUCACAGAGAACAAAUGGUGCAGAAUAAAAACUUUGAACUAAUCCCAAAUGAACUCAAAGAAUUAAAACAAAAAAAAGAAUCUCAACAGAGAGAACAAAUACAGCAAAGGGAACUAAUUAAUCAAGAGCAAAAAGAUGCAGACUGCUACUUUCAAACACAAAAGAAAGAAACAGAGCAGAAUAUUAAUGAC